AUGCCUACAUUCAACCCGAGGCUCGCUCGCGCCUGCGUGCUGGGACUCGAGCCGCGGGCAGAGGUGGGCGGUCCUCGCGCCGCCGUGACCGCGGAUUGGCCCCGGCGGCGAAGUGGGCGGGGAGAGGAGGCGGUGCACUAUUUAAGGAGGCUCGGAGGGCGGGGACGGGGAGGCGUGUCCGAGCCGCGCUCCUUGUCAGUCGGCGCCGGGAAGCGGCAGGGGGCGGAGGCUGCGGCAAGAGCAGCAGCAGCGGCGCCGGCGGUGGAGGAGUCGGAGCAGCCUCCACCACCCGCCUCCCCCUCGCGGCUUCUUCUCCUUCCCCUCCUCCUCUUCCUCCCGGCCUCGGCGGCGGCCGCCGCAGCCACCGCCACGCUGAGCCUCCAGCAGCGGGACUCGCCGCCGCCGCCACAGCAGCAGCAGCGCAGGUGAGGCGGCGCGGGGGAAGAGCCUGGUCCCUCCGCCGGGGCCUGGCCGCAGAGAGGCCGAGGGAUGCAGUGCGAGGGGAGCGAGGCUGCAGGGAGCACGCAGGGCAGCCAGGGAUUUUGGGGUGGGGGUGAGUCUGGGUGGGGGGGGCUCCCUUGAAAAAAAAAUAGAGAGAUGGGGAUGCUCGUUGUAUGUGGUCUUCUGCAAGAGCAGGUGGAAGGGAAAUUGCAGAGGUGUGGUGGGGAUGAUAUCUGGGGGUCUGAUAUAGGGAUGAGCAGCAGAGAGGCUUGAAGGGAUGUGGGGUGGGCGGGCGGUGGGGUGCCUCGAAAGGGUGUAGGGGGCCAGUGGUGGCGUGGCGCUGGCGGUGAAAGGAAAGCGGAGGGCUCUGCUUUGGGUGUCUCCACCGGAGAGGGGACUAAAGGGAUGUGGGGUGGGUGGGGGGUCUGUGUAGCGAUGCCCACCAGGGAGGUUCGGAGAGGUUUGAAGGGCGUUAAAAUGGGGUGGGAGAGAGUGCGGGCCUGUCGAGCAGGUGGGGUUGAAGGGAUAUAGAGGAUGGUAUGGGCUGACUGAGGUGUAGAGGGAAUUAAUGGGAAAGGAGAGGGGGCUGUGGUGUUGGAAAGGGGGUCCAGGAGAAUGGGGAGGCUAGAUCAGAGAGCCCCACUAAGAAAUUAUGGGGGUUUCUUAAGCAGCCAGGGCUGAAAGGAGAUUGGGAUGCACAGAGGUGUUGGCAUGGCUAGCUGCAGCGAAGGGGAGGGCAGUUUGUUGUGGAUGAGCUGUAAUUCCCAGGAUUCUUAAGUUAUUUAAAAAAAUAUUGGAAGUUUCCAGCAUUUCUUGACCCUUGGGGUGUGAGGCAAAACGUAAAAGCGUGAUUCCCCUCAUUUUUGUGUGUGUGAGAAACUACCCUGCCCCACUGUCAGUGUUUUGCUUUGGCCCCCUGCCCCCUUAACAUUUUUACAGAUGUCUCUGGGUGAAAGGUGAGGGGGGGGAUUUGAUUGGGGUUUCUCUAAAGUUAAAGGGAGAUCUGAUAUGGGGAAACUGCUUCAGGUAAGUGGAGAUUAGGGUGAUGGAAACAGGGUAGGCAGUGAUAUUGGGGUAUCAUUCAUUGGGUGAGGGGGUUCUUCACCCGAGAGCGAUAACAGCAGAUUCAGGGGUACAGUGGGAUGCUGAGAGAAGCGUGUGCAUGUGUGAGAGAGCAGGCAAUUAAUGGUGAGGGGUUCAGGGCACCAUUGGGAAGAAAGGAAGAUAAUGUAGGCUUAGGUUGACUCUGCAUAAAAUAGGGUGGUUUUUUUAAGCUGUGGGAAAUGGAUUGUGGCAGUAGAGAGGUAUGAUAGGGCAUUUCAGAUAUGGCUGUUAAAAUAGUGGCAAGGGGCCCUAAGGUGGUGGUGUGUCCCUUGAAGGCUGUUGUGAGAGAUUGGCUUUGAAACAAGAAUAGAUAAAAUGGGGAAUAAGAUGCUGACUGCACAGUUGGAAUGUGGGGACUUCACUAAGAGGAUGAAUAAGCUUUUUUGUGGCCUUAUCCUUCAGCAUAAUGCAGGUAUCUUCAGCCUUCUCAAGCCCAGCACCCAUUUUUAACCCUAACAUGCACCUGGAGGCCCAUUUCUUCAUCUUUUACCAUACAUUGGCAUGCAAUGGGCUUCGUUCAAGCUACACUAAAGCCAGAGGUUUCUGCAUUUUCAUGCAUCCAUCUAGGCAAGUGAGAAGCGUUGUCACAAUUUGAGGACUUAUUCAAGCCAGGCAGAAGUGCACAAGGAAGGCGCAGAGCAUGGAUGGUGAGUGGGUGUGGCUUGUACUAGAGGCCUGAUGAAAGCCUGGAGAACUGCAUUCAGCUCCUGGGCUUGAGGUUCCCCAUCCCUCUUUGCUAUUGCGAUCGUAGACUUUAUCUGCUCCCAUCAAGAGGACUAGAAGAAUGGGGGAAUAAACUGUCUUGGAAAAUGCAUGGAGGAGAAUAGUGCCAAGCCAAGCUCUCUCUCUUUCACUGUUACGAUAACUACUAAAUUUGAUGCCUGUUGCCUUAACAGUUCUGCAGUUACUCCGAGGAUGGCUUUGGCCUACUCUUAGUGUUGGUUACUGUAGUUUGUAACCCAUUCAGGUCAAGAUUGACUGUAUGGAUUGCUGUAAUUCAUACCCCGAUUUCAUAUGCAGCUAUCGUCUAUCUCUAUGGGGCAAAAGCUAAUGUGCGUGGAAAUAAAAACCUUGGUGGGACAUAGAAAUUCACCUGAGUGUGGAGGGACUUGCAAAAUGCUGGAGACAAACUAUUAAGACAAGCUUGAGUUCUGAAAUGUGCAGCACUGGUUUCGACAUUCACUUCUCAAAGGUACAGGAUGAGGUGCCUCUUGCGUGAGGGUGAUCUUAAGUCUUCAUUCCCAUUAACUUAUAUCUAUAUGCUAUGAUUAAGAAGAUUUAUACACUGCUUGAUUUUUUUAAAAAGUUGAAAUGGUUUACAAAAAUAGUAAAUAAAAUACUACAAUUUUCAAUAAAUAGUUAAAAACAUUAUUGAAGAGCAUUCCGAAGAUAGUUAACAUCAACAGUAGCUGAAAAGAGAUAAAGCACAUGUAACUUAAUGUCUGGACAGGCAUGCCUAAACAAAAAUGUUUAAGCAGGUGCCAAAAAGAGUACAGGGAAGGUGUUGGCCUGAUGUCAAUUGGCAGGGAGUUCCAAAGUGUAUGUGCUGCUACACUUAAAGAUAAAUUUCUUACAAAUGCACAACCAAGUAUUAUGCAGCACCCGUAACAGUGCCAGUUUUGCAGAUCAAAGCAGAAAAGUGGUUAUAUCUUGGACCUGGCGACCCUGCAAGUAAAGUCCCAAGCUAUUUAGGGCUUUACCUAUUAAAGGCUGAUAUUUACUAUGCAGACAGGGCCUCGCUCCUCUCAACUACCACACUGCGGCAUUCUGCACAAGCUGCAGCUUCUGGGUCCAGCUCAAGGGAAGCCCCACAUAGAGUGCAUUGCAGUAGUCCAGUCUUGAAGUCACCAGUUCCUGUACUACUUCGAUCAGACUCUUGGUCCAGGAACGACCGUAACUGCUGUACCAUUUGAGAUGUGCAGGGGCUGGCAUAUGACUCUGCUUGUUCGAGGAUGGGAGUUAUUGUGAAACAGAAGCAGGUCUUUUUGCUCUGAUAUGCAGAGCUUGGUGGAGAUCACGGAUCCCUAGAAGUGAUUCAAAGAUGGCCAUGAUAGUGUGUCAGGGUUUCUGGGGUUUUUUUGGCAGUCAGGUGUUAAGUCAUCUUGUGUGUUCUGCCACACCUCCUGCUCUCCCACUGCUCCACCUAGGCCUCUGGGAUAGAGGGUAGCUGCAGAGGUGGAAACCACUUGUGGGAGAUGCUAGAAUUGGAGCAGGCUCUCUGGCCUAGUCUAAUCGGUGGCUGGAGCUCGCGGAAUCCUCCCCUGAGAUCCAGUGGUGGAAAAACAAGCCAGGGAGAGAUGCUCUCUUGGGAGAAGAAAGGCCAAAUGGUUCUUCACCUUCACUUAAAUUGCAGAGAGAUGGUCCCAGCCAUGCUACACAUUUAAAGUGUACCACUGUAACAGUUAGGAGGCUUAUGGGAACUGUAGUUUGUUAAAUUACAGUUCCUGAGAUCCUUCAUGGCUGUUAACGUGGCAUAAGAGUGAUUUGAAUGUAUGGGGUGGAUAUUCAGAGCCCUGAAUAUCAUGGGAAGAAGGAAGUGUGGACAUGGGAUUUUUUUUUUAAUUAUCAGCUUGGGAAAUGCUACCUGGAUUAAAGUAUAGUUCCUCUUGAUUUGUGGUAUCUGGUGUUCCCCUAUCUCUAUAUAAGCAACCCAGUAUAUCCACAAGUAGGGUCUGAGCUGGCAGUGACUGACAUGGAGGGGGAAUCUUGAGGGUGUGUCAGUGUUGAGUAGCUUGAUGAAAAUGUCAACCCAGUGUGCGGCAGCUCUGGAAAAGGCACAUUCCCUAUUUGACUUUACAAAUCUGUGGUGAGGCUGCAUUUUGAAUUCUGCAUGCAUGUCUGGUCACCAUUCAUUUAGAAGGAGCUGGAGAGGAAUUUUCAGCAAAGAGGAACCAAAAAUGAUCUACAGGUUGGAGGCCCAUGGAAGAAAGGUCACACAACAUUUGGGGUUUUCUAGUUUAGGAGAAAGGUGGGUAUGUAAGGGAAGCAUGAUAGAGGUGUGUGAAAUUAGGCAUAUUCUAGGUCAGGGGUUGGCAAGCUUUACCUUACCUGGGCCGGUUCACUCCAGUGGAAAUCCCUCAGGGGGGCGGAUUGCACGUACACGUGAGAGCGUGUGCCUGUGAUUUCUGGUGUCUGUGCAUGUGCAGACGUGGUUUCCGGCGCCGCGGAAGCAAGUUCCCGUGCUGUGCUGCGCUGGUUUAGUGCAGCAUGCGGGGACUUGCCAAGCGGGCGGCUCGGGGGCCAGUUAAACGACCCCCAUGGGCCGCUUGUAGCUCAUGGGCUUUAGGUUGCUGACCCCUGAUCUAGUAGAAAGCAGGUGGGGAGACUUCUUUCUCUCAUUAUUCCGGAACUCAGGGACCCACAUUGAAGCUGAAUGUUGGAAGAUUCAGGGCAGACAAGAAGAAAGUACCACUUCAUGCAGUGUGCAGUUAAACCGUGAAAUUUACUCCCGCAUGAGGCUGUGAUGGCCACCGACUUGGAUAGACAAAUUCACAGAGGAAAAGGCAGUCAGUGGUUACUGUAAUACAGCCUCCAGGACCAUGAGGCAGCAAGAUCCUGAAUGCCAGUUGCUGGGGAGCAACUGCAGGAGAAGGCCUAUAGUGCUGCUGUCCUGCUCAUGGGAGACCCAUAGGCAUCUGGUUGGCUGCCGCGAGAGCAGGAUGCUGAACUGGAGGGACCUUGUGUCUGCUUCAGAAAGCUUCUCUUGGGUACGUAUCCAUGGGCAACUCUUGCAAAGUGUCCUCUUGGGGAUCCUGGGUGGGUGGGGAGGAGAUCCCUGUUCUUAGGCAAUGUUAUAUUUGCUGUGGCAGCUGCUGGAUGUGCCAUCCCAGCAUGGACUUGUUACCUUUGCGCAGACCUCCUCAAAGAUGCUGAAGAAGCCUGCCGCUCAUUUUUGUUUGCUAAUAAGGUUAGGUGAGAUUGGGAUAGUGUCCUUGUAAUUUGUUGAUGGGAAUUCUGAGUGCCUUAUAAAGUGAGGCUGCCUCUCUCUGGGGGUAGGAACCAGGGGAGCUAGAUGAGCUGGGGGGAAACCUCCUUGCUGGCAGUCUUAGGCCAGCCUUCCUCAACCUGGUGCUCUCCAGAUGUUUUGCAGUUGUAGCCCAACUGGAGAAUUUGAAGUACGCAAUAAUGGGAGAGCUGAACCAGUUAUAAGUAGUGGCUUUAGACUGUUGUUUCUCCCCAGUCCCCAAUGGCUCCCAUAUUUAGAGUGUUACUUGGUUGCAAUGGAUUGGGUACCCUUUCCUAAAGAUGUUUCCUCCACUUUCAGAGCUAUAUAUCUUCUGUAUGCUGUUUGGGGAUUUGAAAGCUCAAUUGAAUAACAAAUACAGUGGUACCUCGGGUUAAGAACUUAAUUCGUUCUGGAGGUCCGUUCUUAACCUGAAACUGUUCUUAACCUGAGGUACCACUUUAGCUAAUGGGGCCUCCCGCUGCCACGGUGGCGCGAUUUCUCUUUCUCAUCCUGAAGCAAAGUUCUUAACCUGAGGUACUAUUUCUGGGUUAGCGGAGUCUGUAACCCGAGGUACCACUGUACUUUCUGCUAGUUGUAGAGCAUGGGGCCUGCUCUAAAGUCAAAAUUGUGAUAAAUCUCCACCACUCUGCCUUGAAUUUUUACCAGUCUUCUCUCCGUUUCAAGCUUGAAAUGGUACAUCCCUAUGGACUAGGAACUUGGAGUCUGCUGCUUGAUGCAAACUGGGAUUCAGGCCCCUCAUACUCAAGACAAUUGAAGCCACCGCUUUGUUGAUGCUAAGCAGGUCUAGGCCUGGUCAGUGCCUGGAAGAGAGAUUUACACCACUUUGGGUUCCAUGAUGGGAAAAAGUGGGAUAAAAACGUAAGAAAAUAACUGUCUGAAGGUGGAAUAGCUGUUGUCGUCCCCCCCCCUCGGCAUGAGGUCAAAGCAAAGAGGGAAUAGCCAGACUGGAAUCCUUAGCUAGACAGCUGUGCAAACAGUACAAAAGUGAAGUAUUUUACUGCUGAAGUUAAUGUGUGGAGUAAAUCGCAGCCUUUUUUUUUUUGGAAAGAGUGAUAUAGAGGCAUAUGGUGUUUCUACAGCCUGAACUGGCCUGUGCCCAUAGGCUAGUGUGCAGAGAAUUGUUCUGAGGCUUUGGAUAAAUGGGUUCUUCUGGCAGCAUUGACACCUGCCAGCUAACUGCUGGCAUCUCUUUCAGUCCAUUGUGGGUAGUCAUUCUGCUGAUUUUGUGCUUGAGCGCUGAGGAGUGUUUUGGGGGGAAAUGCGGGCUUCUGGGCCACUGCAUCCAAAUACCUGUCUUAUCCUAAUAUGCUUUGCUUGCUCCACACAAGAUGUACAUCUGCUUGUUCCGCUGUUGCUCACAGGAGCCUUUGCCAAGCUGGUAUCCUCCCCAACAUUUUAGGGCGCAACUCCCCAUCAUCCCUGACCACUAGCUAUGAUGGCCGGGACUGUAGGACUUGCAAUCCCAUAACAUCUGUAAGGCAUGGGGUGGGAGUGGGGAGUUGGUUUGCACAAUGGCUGGCCCACGCGUAUGUCAUGAGGAGCAGGAGAUGAGUUUACUCACCCCCAAAAGGAUAUGGUAGCGUUAGAAAAGGCGCAACUGAAAUGAUCAAAGGAAAGGUGGCAGCGUCAGGGACUUUUUUUAGUUCAGAGAAAAGGAGAGUUAAGAGGUGACAUGGCAGAAGUUUAUAAAAUUAUGCAUAGCAUGGAAAAGAUUGAUAGGAAAGUUAUUCUUCCCCUCUCAUAAUGCUAGAUUUUGUCGACAUACAACAAAGCUCAAUGUUGGAAGAUUCAGGACAGACAAAAGAGUUGAUGAUUUAUUAUUAUUAGUAGUAGUAGUAGCAUUAGUAUUAUUUAACUGAAUUUAUAUACUGCCCUAUACCUGGAGGUCUCAGGGCAGAAUACAGAAAAGAUCAACUUAAAAACCACAGUAUAUAACCCCCCCCCAAAAAAGAGCCACAUUUUAAAAGGGCAUAAGAUGUCAAUCACAGGGACACGGGUGGCGCUGUGGGUUAAACCACAGAGCCUAGGACUUGCCGAUCAGAAAGCCAGCAGUUCGAAUCCCCACGACGGGGUGAGCUCCCGUUGCUUGGUCCCAGCUCCUGCCAACCUAGCAGUUCGAAAGCACGUCAAAGUACAAGUAGAUAAAUAGGUACUGCUCCGGCGGGAAGGUAAACGGCAUUUCCGUGUGCUGCUCUGGUUCGCCAGAAGUGGCUUAGUCAUGCUGGCCACAUGACCCGGAAAAACUGUCUGUGGACAAAUGCCGGCUCCCUCGUCCAGUAAAGUGAGAUGAGCGCCGCAACCCCUGAGUCGUCUGCGACUGGACCUAAUGGUCAGGGGUCCCUUUACCUUUACCUUUUAAGAUGUCAAUCAGAUCAACCAAAGGCCUGGUUAAAAAGGAAUGCUUUUGCCUGGCACCUAAAGGUGUAUAAUGAUGGCUGAGUAUAGCUAAACUAUGAAACUCCCUCCUACAGGAAGCAGUGAUGGGCAUCAACCUAGAAGUCUUUUAAAGAGGAUUAGAUGAAUUCAUGGAGGAUAAGACGAUUUCAGUGGCUCCCUCUAGCCAUGAGAGCUAUUCUCUGCCUCCACAGUUGGAGGCAGCAAUGCUUCUGAAUACCAGUGGCUGGAAAACAUAGGAGGAGUGGGUGGUCAUGGACUCAAAUCCUGCUUGUGGCUUUCCCACAGUCACCUUGUUGGCCACUGUGAGAACAGGAUGCUGGACUAGAUGAGUCAUUGACCUGAUCCAACAGGCUCUCCUUAUGUUCUCAUGAGUUGGUAGAGUCUGCUCCGUGGUGGCACCGCAAUUGUGGAAUGUUCUCCUGCUUAGUGCCUAUCCUUAUUUUUCUAGGCUUUUUAAAUCUAGCUUACAUAUUUGACUUCCUAACACUGAGUGGAAGGUAGCUCGUAGUGGGGGAGUUCCUUUUCCUGGCAUGUUUCUUGGGCCAUUAGGGAAGCCUGGACAAGCUUCUGAGUAAAUCUAUAGAGUUCUCCUGGAAUAGCUUGGCAAUACGUAGUCAUCUGGCCUCCUAGUCACUGCCAAGCCAUGCAGUACAUCCCUGCUGUCAAGGCUGGCUGUGCUGACUAGGUCACAGGCUGGCCAUCUGUGUGGCCCAGCUCCUUGAACAUUGCAUUCACAGUCCAAUACAGUUUUUAUAGCACACAGUGAAAGCUGUCGUUUCUGCUGCUUAUUUGUUUGCCCCAGUAGCUAACUAGUCCGACCCCAUCUCAAUUCCUGGCUUCCAUCUCCCGCUGACUAGGGUGUAGCGAUUAGUUUUAUAAGAUGGUUUUGGUUCCUUUUGGCCUCCUGAUCAGUCUGCAGGGUCAAUUGCUUACGCUUGCUGCAGCCACAGAACAUCUGAACCUUUCUUGCAAUGUGCAGAAACAUCAGGUGAAUUCUCUUUCCGCACACCUCUUAACAGUGCACAAUACACAAUGAAAAUAUUAGUUUAGAUGUCACGUCUUUGCAGGGGAUGAGAAGAGGCACUCACCUGAUUUAGUGGGAAUAGAUGUGGGUGGUAGAGUUGUCGCCAAAUGACAUUUGCUGAGGGGCAAAAAAAGAAGUAAGUUUAAGUAGCAGCUUUGAGAGGUGGUGCGGUUAAGUCAGCCACUGCAUCGUACUUCCUGUGGUCACAUUUCUAAAUCAUCUAGAGCCCCAUUCAGAAAGUGUUGGUGACGGAUAACCCUACCUCAUGGAUGAAAAACCAUGGUUUGGUGAGUGAAGCGGAAACCAUGGUUUGGCUGCAGUGGACUACUGUUUCCCACUAACCAGAAAGUAAUGCUAACCAGAUUGCUGCCGAAUUGCCAAUCCCAGCAUGCUUGACUGGGGCUGAUGGGAGCUGGAGUCCAGCAACAUCUGGAGGGCCACAGGCUCCCCAUCCCUGUUGUAGCAAAAAGCAACAUCUCACUCAAAGUCCCCUCUAUUACAGUCUAAUCUUGGUUUCAAAACUACGUUGGGCCACUCCCAUCAAAUGUUGGGCUGCCCUAUGGUGCUGUCUGCUGCUUUCAAACUAUGUUCCUCGACAUGCUUAAACACCAGGGUGGGGAAAUCUUCUUUGUCGACAGCUGCAUUCCCUCGGUAAUUUUGGAGUGGGGUGGUGGCAGUCAUAGAAGCCAAGCCACAAAUUUGGCUGGGGACCCCUUUUCUAGGAACAGAGGAAACUACCAAGUCAGACCCUUGGUCUUGCUAGUUGAGUAUUGCCUUCACUGGUAGUCUGGUAGUGGAGAUGCCAGGGAUUGAUGCCAGGGCCAGCCUUGUGCUAGACUGAUGCUCUACCUUCUAUGGAGUUGGGCAAAUGGUCUGUGUAGCUCCGUAUUGCUUCAGCCAGGUGAGGGGGGUCUUCCCUGUCCAUCCUGGAGAUGUUGAGGAUAGAUCCUGGGACCUUCUGCAUGCAAAACUCUCUUUCCACCUGUGUGAUAUCAGCUGCAAGGCUGUGUAGGUUGCUGGCUCCCUGCUUUAACAUCUCUGCUACCUGGCUAGAAAAGGGGGUUAGCUCUUCCACUGGCACAUGCUUAUGAGUGAUGGGGAGAAAGAUUGAAUUCUGGGCAGAGACGAUGCAUAAUCAUUGGAUGAUAGUGCUGAGAGUACAAUAGGUGUGGCUUUACAUACACCAGUAAAUGUGUUAAGACAAAAUAAAAGCUUUAUUCCCUCCCCACCUCCACAACCUCUCGCUUUUCGCCAAGUGCUCUCUUUGUCUCAACUCAAGGGGGAAACGGCAACUCCCACUGAUAAGAAAAUAGGAGCUGCUUUUAGCACUGCACCUGCGUGGCCCUCCGAGACCCAGAGAGUCGCUGCGGAGCCCAAUUAAAGGCUCUUGAGAAGUCUGAAUGAACAAUCGCAGGCGAUGGGGCUGCAAAACAACGCCUGCGUUUCAGUCCUUUUGUUCCUCCGGCUACGCUUGCCGCCGCUUGAAAGGACCCAAAAGCAGAGAUUUGGACCUGGGGCCAUGUUCGGCAACCAGUAAUUCCACAACACUCAUUUUAGAAUGGUGUAAGCUGGCUUUCCCCAACCUGGUACCUUGAGAAGUUUUUUUGGACUGUGAUACCCGUCAUCCCAGACCAUACUGACUGGGGGUGAUGGGAGUCAGACAACAUCUGGAAAACACCUGGUUGGGGAAAGCCAAUGUUGGCCACGCUAGAGGCCUGCUAAUUCAACACCCCAAUUCCCCUUUUAGCCUCUUGUCGUAGGAAAGGUGCCUCAGCCCGCUGGUGAUAUUGGUUGCCCUUUCCUGUACAGUGGUACCUUGGUAUAAGAACAGCUUAGUUUAUGGACAACUUGGAAUAAGAAUGCUGCAAACCCGGAAGUAUGUGUUUUGGUUUGUGAACUUUGCCUUGGAAGCAGAACAUGUUCCGCUUCCUGUUGAGUGUGUUCCAUUUGUAAAUUGAGUCCCCCGCUGCUAAUCUGAGGCUUCCUGUUAAGCCUGUCGGCUGUUGAGUCCUGAGCCCCCACGCAACACAGAGGUGUGAUAUUUGGAGCUUUUGUUUUUGCUAUUUUGUUGCGGUUUUGUUUGUGUGGCUUUUUCAUUUAUUUAUUUUUACUAUGACUUGUUCUUCGUUUUACGGGACUGACUUGUGACUGUGGCUUGUGUCUUCGUUUUUGUGACUUGUUUUUGUGACACUGUGGAACCCAGUUCAGCUACUGGUUGAUUGUAUGUAUGACUGCAGAAAUGGAUAAAAGUCCCCCCUCCAAACAAUGACUAUCAUCAGUGCAUGUAAGAGGAAAAAUUAAUUUUAAUUUUUAUAAUCUACAAUACUGUCUUAUUUAUUUUAUAGUACAGUACGUUGAUUAUUGCCUUCAUUUUAUGUAUCAAUGGUCUUGUUAGAUAGUAAAAUUCAUGUUAAAUUGCUGUUUUAGGGGUUGUUUGUCUGGAACGGAUUAAUCCAUUUUCCAUUACUUUCUAUGGGAAAGCAUGCCUUGGUUUAAGAACGGACUUCCGGAACAGAUUAAGUUAGAAAACCGAGUUACCACUGUACAUCAGGUGUGUGGCUCUCCAGACCUUUCUACCUGGCCCCUGUAGUUCUUCCCACUCUGCUCUGUGUUCCUUGAGUCCUUUUUCCUGGCUGGAAUGGGUCAAGCAGUUAUACUGCCUCUCGCUUGUCUGGUGGAGGUUCAGGAGGUGUGAGUGGAGAUGUGGCUGUACGUGUAAACCUCUGAAUUUUACUGUAUAAAGGGAAGAAUCUCACCUGUUUCUCCACAAACUUCUUUCCACCCUUUCCAUGGAGCCCCCCCAGAACGUUCUCCUUGAGGAAAGGUGGCCUCCAGACUGAAACCCCACUCCCCACCCCUGCUGUGCAUUUUCCAUCUCUACAGUAUCCCUUUUUAUGAAUGUGUGAGUGGUCUUACCACUGUCUUUUGUGGUGGGCUUGGGAUGAUGCUGUCAAAUCUGUUUUCAGCCCCUUUCCUAAGAAUUACUAUCAUGGGAUUGCAAAGGCCUUCGACCGCCCCCCCCAAACUUAUGUAGGGAAACUUGUGCAAUUGUCUACUAUUUUUUCAGCCUCCCUCCCUUCCCAGAAAACUCAGCAGGCCUAGUCUGUCACUUUCAGCCUGAUGGUAACAAGGAAGGCAGUCAGUCAUAGUAAGUCAUAGCUGUGCCCCAGUUUGACAUCUCUGGGCCUAUCUCUUUCCUCCUUGAAGACCCUAUGAAGGAAGCAGCAACCCCAGAACUUCAGAUCAAAGACUAAAGAGUGCCCUGUGAUAAGUAUGCUUCAUGUUGUCAUCUCAGCAAUGUUUUCCCCCCAAGAUCCCACUUAAUGCCUUCCUCAGCCACUCUUUCUCUCUUUCCUGGCUUGCGGUAGUUGAGAUGUGGUCAAUGUGCUGUUGCCUAGCAACCCCGAUGAAGGUCUCUUUGCUCAUGGUCAGAAGGCUUGCUCUAGGCCAGGGAUGGGGAACCUCUUCCCCUCCAGUUGCUGCCGAACUACAGCUCCCAUCAUCCCUGAUCACUGGGCCAUGCUGGCUUGGGCUGAUGGGAUUUGGAGUCCAACAACAUCUGAAGGGCCACUGGUUCCCUUCCGUUGCUUCCAGGUCAGAGAAAGGCAACUGGUUGCCAGUGUUCAACCUAUUCCUGUACAGUCCAGUGUCUUGCUGUGUCUUCAGUCAGCGACGUUGGGGAACAAUAACCGCAUAUGGUUGCUUCCUUUUCAUUUCUUAAGCCCGCCUCAGCUUGCUUGGUAGCUGGGACCUGUCAGUCACUUUGCCUGUAUCUUACUGUUCCUUAAGUCACCUGUUGUCUUGUGCAAAUUGGUUGACAUCUGGCAUAGCAUGAUUUAUAGAAAGUGGGAAGGGAUAUGUAUUUCCUCACUUCCUCAUAAUACUAGGACCUAGACCACCCAAUGAAAUUGAAGAUUUAGGACAGACAAAAUGCUCAGGGGUCCCUUUACCUUUACUUUACCAUCAGUGUUAGAAACCGGGAUAGAAAAGCUAGGAGCCAAAUGGCUCCUGGGACCUGGGUUGUGGGCACCAAAACAGAAGGUCUAGUCUCCAUUUGGGGAGAUCGGCAACACUUUUUAUUAUUUUGAUAAGCAUAUUGUUAAUAUCACAUUUUUAACAGAAAUUGUGAAUGCAUGUUUAAUUUGGUGUUUACAAUAAAAAUAUUGGUAUCAUACGUCAGUUUUCAAAACACUCUACUAUUGCUAAACGUAUUGUUUAUCCUUAACAUAUACUUCAAGGCUUCAAAGCACAUACAUUCCAGUGAUCCUUGAGUGUCAGCCAGGUGCAAAAAAUGGCACCCAGACUUUUAGAGGUGCUUGCAAAUGGAGAAUUUUUAGGUGCGAAAUGCGCCUGGUACCCUGCUAAUUUCGAACCCUGACCACAACGGCUAUGUUUCUCUCCACAGUCUGAAUAUAAUGCUCUGCAUAAUGGUCCACUUUUAAAAUGAAGCUGCUGCGGUCAAACCUGCCUGGAAAGUACACAGCUAUUAUUUCUUCCACCAUGGAUCUCAAGACUGUACGUAGGGUUCCUAGGGAGCCUCCAGUCUAAACACUGACUGGACCUAGACCUGCUUAGCUUCUGCAGUGUUAUUGCACCCUCUGCUUCCUAACCACGCAGGACCUCAGCAGUGGCUAUUGGUAUGCAGACAGUCUUCUGUACCCGUGCGUAGUAGGAGAGGGUAUGUAUAAUUGCUCUGGUCCUCACGGUUACGGAAGACAGUUUGGGUAUGAAUAGCCACUACUCAGAGCUUGCUCACCCCCAAGGUCCCUCCAAAACAGAUUUUUACACAACUGGAAUAAAAAAACAGGGGAAGGAACUGUAUGCCAGCCCAGUUGGCGCUGAGCAGCUGACUAGGGUUUGGCAAAAGUGAAACCCAUUCUCCUGCCUUCUCAUCUCAACGGCUUUAGCCUUAAUGAUUGAGAAACACUCCUGAACGCAUCUGCACAAUGGGACUGGGCCGAGAAAAACACUCUGAAACUUUCAGUUGGAGUUAAUGAGAUCCCAAGGCAUUUGCUCCAGAGUUAGCAGCACAGCCCCCCUUGGAGGGUGCUUUCCUCAAAAGACAUUUUGGAGCUUGGAAUACAGAGACUGGUCUGUAGACUGGGUGACAAUUGCUGUUCAUGGUUCCUUUUAGGGAGCAAGGCAGGCCUGGCUGCCAGUACUGGGCAUUAUUAAAACCUCUGCUUCUGAGGCAACCGUUUCCUUCAUAUACCAUAUUUUUCACUCUAUAGGACACACCCGACCAUAGGACGCACCUUGUUUUAGAGGGGGAACAAGGAAAAAAAAAUUCUCCCCCUCUCUGCUCAGCGCCCCUUCAGCGAAACGGCAGGAGAAACGGAGCCCCUUCCAUUUCUCCUCCCGCUUGGCUGAAGGGGUGCUGCGCAGCUCUCCCGGCUUCAGCAAAAGGAACACGAAGCCUUCGGAGCGCAGCGCGAGUUCCCCUGCGCUCCGGAGGCUUCGGGUUCCUUUUGCUGAAGCUGGGAGAGCAAGACUCUCCUGGCUUCAGCGAAAGGAACCUGAAGCCUCCGGAGCGCAGCGGGAACUUGCGCUGCGCUCCGAAGGCUUCAGGCAGCUAUCCCUCAAGCCUGGAGGGCGAGAGGGGUCGGUGCGCACCGACCCCUCGCGAUCUCCUGGCUUAAGCAAAAGCAGCGCGAAGCCUCCGGAGCGCGGAGGGAGCACUCCCUCUGCGCUUCGGAGGCUUCGCGUUGCUAUCGCUCAAGCCAAGGAGCCUGCAUUCGCCCCAUAGGACGCACACACAUUUCCCCUUCAUUUUUGGAGGGGAAAAAGUGCGUCCUAUAGAGCGAAAAAUACGCUAACUUGGAGAGCGCCAGCUCCAUUUGUUAUCACCGUAUGCCAGGAGUCCAGGACGGAUGGGGAGGCAGUUGGCUUUCUCAGUUUGCAGGCUUAAUGUCUUAAGAACGUAAGGUAAGGCCUUCUGGAUCAGGUCAAAGGCCCACGUAACCCAGCAUCCUGUUCCCACAGCAGCCAGCCAGAUUUUAUUUACGUAUUUGUAAUCCACACCUCUAUUAAAAUAUGUCAAGGUGAUAUACGGUGCACAGUGAACAAACUCCACAAAAAGCAUCUCUGAAAACUUGUCAGUAAAUGCCAGUUGGUGAAGAAGAGAAAGCUCAUAUUGCAAAGGCCUGUCUAAACAAUCUCCUUUUCAGAAGGCGUCUGAAAGAAGGUGGGGGGUGGUUCUGCUGAAACGCUGCUGGCAGGGCUUGCCAUGCUAAAAGUUAGGUCCCUGGUGAAGGCCAGCUGAUGCCCAUUGGAUGCCCACAAGCAAGACUUGAGCACAACUGUGCUUUCCUUCCUUGCCAUCCCCCAGCAGCUGGCAUUCAGAAACAUCCUGUCUUGGACUAUGGAGGUCAAAAAUAACCAUGGCGAAAAGAUGGACUUCCCAUCCCUGAACUUGUCUAACGUUUCCAGGUUGGUAGCUAUACAUCUCGUAGGAGUGAAUGCCAUGGUUUUUGCUAUGUGCCUUCUCCUGCCCCAUUUGCCAGCCAAGACCUCAGAAAGGCAUGUCUCUCCUGCCUCCUGUUACCCCAGCCGAGGUUCUUCCAAAUUUCAUGGGUACUGGAGCAUGCAAACAAUGCGGGGGGAGGCUAUCAGAAGAGCUGCAUUGACCCCUGGGGCUGAGGUUUCCCAUUCUGGCCAGAGGCUUGUACUUAUCCUCAAGCGCCAACACAGCCUUGAUCGGCUGCCGUUCUUUUCGGAGUCCAAAAAAAAGAGCAACUGCUUGCUUGGCCUGCAUAUCUCUUCAUUCCGUGGCUGACGGCUGUUUUUGGUCCUCGGCUGUUUUUGGCCCUCACCGUCCCCUUGGCCUUCCUGGUGUUUGCACAGCUCUGCUUGUGCUGCCAGCCGGGUAAAUGAGAGAUUUCCCAGUGAAUAAAGUUGUGCUGCUUUGGAGGCCAGGCUAAAAGCCAGAGCCCAGCCAUCUUCUGUAAUCAAACUGGAGCGGAGCCGGCCCAGCUUGUUCCUGUGGCCUUUAUGCGCUGCUCUUCCACUCUGGCAGAGAAUUUGGCCAGCCAGCGCAGGAAAUGGGAAGCUUGGAGAAAUGUUUAGUUUGGUACACUUUGAGAACCAGAUUUGCAUUAUUUUUCUUUUUGUGCAAAGGAGUAAGAGAGGCAAGAUGGCAGGACAAGAAGCUGGAGGUUGAAAAGUUCAACCAGAGGCAAAACAGCAGAUGACUUAAGCCUGCACAGAAGCAGCUGUUCUCCACCCUGCCUGCAAACACCUCUCCCUUUUCUCCCUUGUGCUGGCAGGGCGCACAAUCUAUUUUCAGAUGCCUCAUUCAGAACUCUUGCUACCGGUGAUGUGUCUGUCCUCCCCUCCUUUCCCACCAGACCCACAGAUGAAUCAACACACAGGUGACGUUUCCUGUCCAGUGGUGUUCCACUUUCUGCAGACAGUAAGCACUUGGGACAGGGAACUUGGAAAGCUUCCUCUCCCAUACGGUGUCACUCUCUUCAACCUGGUGAACUUUCUGCUUGUCGACUAUCAGCUUGUGACUCAGCCUCAUCGCUCUGGUCUCAUUUCGCAAGGCAGAGAGAACGGCUGUAUGAAUAGCCCCACAGCUUAGAGAACCUGCCUUGCAGGUCGUGUUAGAAACUCAGAUAUACAGUGAUACCUCAGGUUACAUAUGCUUCAGGUUACAUACGCUUCAGGUUACAGACUUCGCUAACCCAGAAAUAGUGCUUCAGGUUAAGAACUUUGCUUCAGGAUGAGAACAGAAAUCGUGCUCCAGUGGCGCAGCGGGAGGCCCCAUUAGCUAAAGUGGUGCUUCAGGUUAAGAACAGUUUCAGGUUAAGUACGGACCUCCAGAAUGAAUUAAGUACUUAACCCAAGGUACCACUGUAUAAGCUAAUUGCCAAAUGGCACCUUAAACCUAGGUUAUGGUUGCCACAACGGUCUAUCUAGGUGCCUUUUAUGGUGAAAUUUGUUGUUGUUAAUUUCGUUUCUAUACCGCUUUAUAUUUUAAAAGAAAAAACCACAAAGCGGCUUACAACACACAACUUCAAAUAAAACAAUCCAGAAUAAAACAAACUAAGUCUUCAAAGAAAAUAUUUCCGAUCCUUCUCUAAGUGACAUUUUGUUUCCCCACAUUUCUUUACGUACUUAAUUUAUAGAGCUGCCCCAUAGCAGAAGGACUCUAGGGAGCCAGUGUGGUGUAGUGGUUAGAGCAGAGCUUUCCAAACUGUGUGUCACGUGACACGUUAGUGUGUCAUCUACAGUGUGUAGUUGUGUCACGCAAACGCUCCCCGUGCUCUUAUAAGGGGUUAGUUUAACCUCUGGUUUGCUAGUAAAACUGAAUUACUGUGUCACGAAAUGAUGCAUGUCUAAAAAGCGUGAUCAACAUGAAAAGUUUGGAAAUCUCUGGGUUAGAAUGUCAGACUGGGGCUUGGGAGAUCAGGGUUCAAAUCCCCAAUCAGUUAUGGUACUCACUGGGUGAUCUUGAGCCUCCCUCACAAGGUUGUUGUAAGGAUUAGCUGUGGGGGGAGGAACCAUGUAAUCCUUGCAGAAAAAAGUGGGUUAUAAAUCCAGUACAUAAGUUCUUCUGCUUACCUGCUUAAGGAAGCUGGAGGGGCCAGUCAGAUGGAGAUGUCAGUUGCUAACCUGUCAUCCAGAGAUCUCCAUGUGGUUGCAAUUGGACCUGUGCCAGUCGCAAAACACACCUGGCUAAUUUAUAACACCAAUUGCAAGCAGAAGGCCCCAGCUUCGGGCCCCUGGCAUGCCCAGGUAGGGUUCCUUGAAACCCCCACCUGAAAUCCUGGACAGCUGCUGCCAGUCAGUAUAGGCAGCACUGCGCAAGAUGGGCCAGUGGUCUGACUCCGCAUUAGGCAGCUUCUUGUGUCCCCUGACCUGCUAGGGGGAAUCUCCCUUGCUUUCAGAUGCACGUGCCUCCUUAACACCUUGAGGGCUAGAGCCACGCCUUGACUUUUCUUUAAAAGAAGCAGCUGUUGGUUCUGUAGAUUCUGGAGGUGUCCUCUUUUCAUCUUGGGAGGCCAGGCUCCUGCAGUUCAGCGCUGGGUUUCCCCUGCCUCUCCCGCAGCUUUCCUUGUUUACGUCUUUAGCUCUUUCUCUCUCCCGUCUUUAUUUAUUGAUGGCCAGAGGCCGCAGUCCUGUCGGAUUGCAUCAAGGAGAAGAGGUUGCAACUCGGUCACCGUGCGGUGCAGAGCCGGGAGCUUGCAGUGGGGGGGCGAGGGGACGCACGGCCACAGGGGGGCGAGUGGCAAACGGGGGCCAGUUCCCAGGGAACAUGGCAGUGCUGUGGUAGGAAGGCAUUGCCCAUCCGUCUUUGUCGGGGCAGCGUGAUGGAUUGGACUGCCUCUCCCCACACAAACGGCUUAGCUUAGGCAGAUCUGUGGGGUUGAUCGCUGUGUCCCAGGAGAGGAAUUCAGGUAUCAGAGAGACCGAAAGGCAGAGGCAGGCAAUGCUGGAAUAGGGAUGUUGCCCUCUAUGAAUUUUAAUCCAUACUUCAUGGGCCCAUGUGCUGAUUGUGGUACCCUUCCAGUUGUGUGUUCUUUUGAACUUUGCUGUACGGUGCUCAAGCUGUGCCAAAAUGCAUUCAUUGCGUCCGUCAAAAUAACAGGUGCACUUUUUGAACACUGGAAAGCUGUCUUUUGCAGAGUCAGACCGGUUAGCUUGUCCGCUGCCUGGCAGUGGCUCUCCAAGGUCUCGGACAGAGAAAGAGGGCAUACCCUGGAGGUGCCAUCAGGGAUGAGUGUGGGGCUUUCUGUGUACAGAGCAGGUGCUCCACCACUGAGCCGUAGCGCCUUCUGGAGCAAAAUGAGGGUAUUAUUAUUAGUGGGCCCAUUGGGCAAAAGAUUCCUGCAUUGCAGGCAUCGGACUAGAUGACCCUUGCGGUCCUUUCCAACUCUACAAUUCUAUGAUUCUUUUCCUUUGGGGCUGUACCGAUAGCAUAGUUCUAUGGUUGAGCCCAUGCUUUGCAUGCAAGAGGUCCCAAUUUCAACUGCUGGCCUUUCCAUGUGGGUCUGGAAAAGAGCCCUUGCUAAAGAUGCUGCUGCCAGUCAGUGCAGACAGUAUUUAGCUAGAUGGAGCAAUUGUCCAACCCUCUGUAAGGCAGCUGCUUACAAGUGUGAUGAGUAGCACUAGCAUCGGAUACAACCCAGAGGGGGAAAUGUGUUAAACAUACCUGCUUCUGUUAGUUGAUAAAUGUUUUUUUUAAAUAAUAAUAAUAAUAAUAAUAAUAAUUAAAAAAUUUUUUUAUUUAUAUCCCUCCCUCCCCAGCCGAAGCUGGGCUCAGGGCGGCUAACAACAAUCAAAAUAAUUCAACAUUCUAAAAAUAUUCAUUUAAAAUUAUUAUUUUUUUAAAUUGAGCUUUUACUGUAAUACAUUAAAAUUAGAGCUACGACAGAUAGAAGAAAAAGAAAUGUUAGCAAUCUAACACAAUCUGUCUCUUUAUUUCUUCUUGAUUUUUGGAAACAAGAUAAUACCAAGUGUAAGUGCAAGUUCUGCACAGCCAAAUGCAGAAAUCCUGGAAAGGCUGGCAUCGCAUGGCUCCUGCUUUUUGGAAGGAAAACAAAUAGAAUAAAAUUCUGCUUAAGUGAUAUCCAGCUCCCUAAAAGAUAGUUAAGGUUGUGUGGGGGCAGGAUCUGGGGGGGGGGGGCAGGCUCUUUCUUCAGCUGUGCUGCUUUAAGGAUGUUUGGGGAUUAGGAGUUCACAGGCCAUGUGCACCGAGGGGGGAUUCUCUCUAGCAAUCUCUCUCCCUUCCUGCAGCAACCUUUCCUAUACUGGAUGCAGCUUUGACACAGAGGUGAUAGCAGCCCCUGCCAAGUGCAAGGAGGUUCGUUCUUCCGUUCUUCCUUCCUUUACAGUUGCCUUAAGAGGAUUUCUCUCAAAUCCUCCCCAUAGAGCUUAGCGCUGCUGCCGCCGCCUCGCUUUCUUAAUGGGGGUUGGGAAGCCGAGGGCACAAGAAACACCUUUGCAGCAAGUUGUGAGCCGUCUUUUCAUGGACAGGAAGGGAAGAUGAGGACUGGGUUCUGGGCUAGAUGGGACAUUGGGCUGAUCCUGCAGGCCCGCUGUUUAUUUUCUUAAACCACAGACCUUAUCGUUUGCCAGUUAGGUGCCUCCUAACCUGAGCUCGGUCGUAUUCUUUGACAUUUAUUUAUUUAUAAGGUUUCCUCACCUGUCUUUCUCCAGAAAGUCCCAUGACAGGUUGCAGUAGAUUUAUAUGCACAGGCAAAAGAAUUACAGUUAUGAAACACAAUAAAACUAUCCCGAAAUGGGACCAGAAAAGACUUUUUAUGGUACAUGACAACAGCUGCACGGAUGCUACUAGCGCAGGGAUGGAAAGAAGAAAGAGUCCCUACCAGGGAUGAAUGGCAAGCUAAGAUGAUGGACUGUGCAGGAACCAAGAGGACAAAUUUUUUAAAAUCUAUUAUUUAGGAGACCAUUGAAAGCAGAUUUUACUCUGCUUCGAAUGUAACAAAUAUUAUGGACCAUAUGGAUUGAUAUAGAAUAUAGCAUGGGUAGGAAAACCUAAGGCCUGGGGGCCGGAUCCAGCCGAAUCGCCUUCUAAAUCCGGCCCGCGGAUGGUCCUGGAAUCAGCGUAUUUUUACAUGAGUAGAAUGUGUCCUUUUAUUUAAAAUGCAUCUCUGGGUUAUUUGUGGGGCAUAGGAGUUCGUUCAUUCCCCCCCUCCCCAAAAAUAUAGUCCGGCCCCACAAGAUCUGAGGGACAGCGGACCGGCCCCCUGCUGAAAAAGUUUGCUGACCCCUGGAAUGUAGAAUAAUACACAGUUGUAAAUGCUGACAAUAGGAUCCAUGGAGGGGAUGGAGGGAAGGCUCGAGAUUCAGAGUAAUGCCUAUAUAUGAAUAAGCAUUUCAAUUGUUAUAAUUUUAUAUUUCUAAAACCAAAAAUGAUUUCAUUAAAAACAUUCCAAAAUGGAGCAGAUAUCCCUUUCUCUCUCUCUCUCUCUCUCUCUCUCUGUACACUGUCUUAGAAUCUUAGAUAUAUAAGCUAAUUGCCAAAUGGCACCUUAAACCUGGGUUGCUGUCGCCACAAUGGAAUGUCUAGGUGCCAUUUUCAAAUGGUAAAAUGUAUUAGUAUUAAUUUCAUUUUUAUACUUCUUACAGCCGGUCACAAUUUGCAGGGAUAACCUACUUUGCGUUGUGGCACAGGGCUGUGUUGAAGAGUUUGUUUCCAAGCUCAGGCGGAAGGGGCUCCCCUUGCCCUGCUCGUAAGUGGGUCCUCCUGACAGCGCUUAAUCCUUCUUUCAGGACCAAAGCAGCCGUCACGCUGAAGCGCCACAGGUAGCCUCGUUCAGGACGGACCCUUCUGGCACUUGACCAUUUUGCAGGUGAGUCUCCCUCUCCCCACAUCCAGCAAAAGGGAAGAGUGAGGUGCAACAGGGGGACCUGGGAGCCUCUGCCAAGGUGGAAAGCAUGGGUACAUCCUUCCCAUCUGCUCCAUGGGGUCGGCAAUGUAUUUGUGCAUGUGUUUGGUUUGAUUUAACAUGUGUGUGCCGCUUUUCCAGCAACACUAAAACACCUGCUAAAAGCUUCUAUUCCUCCAGGCCUACACAGGCAAUUAAGAAUACAUCCUUCCACAAUAGUUAAUUGGUUUUUAAGAACAAUUUUAAGGUUUUAUUGUUUGAUUUUAUAUUUUUAUUGCCGCAAACCGCUUUAAUAUAGAAAUAUUUAUAUUAACAACUUUGAGCACAACAAUUAAAAAUUAGCAAGCGACAUUGCCGACGAUGUCAUCCUAUCCAAAAACGGAAUAAUAUGUAAGCAAAGCGGAAAUAAGCCAUCCAGCGAGCGAUUAAUGCAGCUCAAAACGCUUAAGAAUUCAAAAACAAUUGAAAAUAUAUGGCGCCUGUUUCUCAUGCCUCAAUAUUACUGUGGUGAUUGCAUUGGUAAAGCAGCAGAAAAUAGGAGCUAAGGUUGCAUCCUCCCUCAAACCUGAAACAGAUCACAUUCUCCAAGUCUCAUUUAAAAUAGCUUCCUUCAUCGCUCCUCCACAACCAGUCUGAGUGGAGGGACAGGGGACCCAUAAUAUUUUGCUUGACUCUUCUUGAUGGUUGCUUUGAUGCAACAACAUCUGACACUUGGCAAGGACAGAGCAUUUCAAAAAAAAUUUUUGCCUGAUGCAUGAGUAGCACCACAAAUGAGGCAGCGCAACUCAAAAAAUCCCACUUUUCUUGGUCGUCUACCUGAAUUCAAACAGUGGUGUUGGUAGUGAGAUAUAAGGGGGAGCCUUGGGCUGAUGAGUUUAUUGUUCAGGCAUGGCUCAUUUGAUACUGGGAAGUCCAAGAACAUUGGAUAAUAAUACAUGGUUGAUCUAAGGUGAGUAAUGCACUUAGAGCAACCUCUGCACAAUCUUGGGCUCAUCCAGAUGUUUUGGGCUACAUUUCUCAUCAGCCCCAGCCAGCAAAACACCUGGAGGGACCAGGUUAUUGGCAGGCUGACUUAAGUGAUGUGGUCGCUCUUUAUAAAGGAGUCACAAUAGCUUUGCCAACUCCUGACCUAACUCUCUCUCUCUCUCUCUCGUCACUCCAACAGUGGAAUACCGGAAACGCGCAAAUCUGGGUUUGAAGCUAUGAGCUCGGUAGCAGUGUUAACACCCGAAAGCUUUGCUGAGCACCGCAGCGGGCUGAGGGAUGAAGAAACACGAGGUGAGAUGGGCAGGAAUCUUUUGGUGUGGGUGUGUCGUGAGGCUGCUGCUCACGCAAUGAAUGAGAUGUGUGUUUGAUGAUGGGUAAGGCUGGGUAGAAGCCAGAGUGGGAUCCAUUGGCGGAACUAAUAAACCAACAUGCUCUGGAAAGGUAAAUAUUCAGACACCGGUAGAAGAAACUUUCACUCUUCCUGGGACGCUUUUGUUACCGGCCCUAAAGUUGUCAUUCAGAAGGGAGACUCUAGGGUCAAGUUGCUCUAUGGAAGCUUGUCAAAAGUUCAGUUCUAUCACCUGUGAAUUGAAUCAAAAUAAUGGCCUCUUAUGCCACUACAAGUACAAGUGCCUUAUUGGCUAAUCAGUGGCAGGGUGCUUUGUGCUAUCAACAUUGGCUUGUAAACAGCCGGCUGCACUUAUUUUACAUAAUAUAUUUCAAGCUUGUGGCAUGGUGGUCACAAUCCACAUUGCAUUUCAUUCCCCUGUGGACCUCGCUGCUUAAUUUUUGUUUUACUCUACACCACUGUGUGCAUUUACUCCUGCCAACUGAGGUUUAUGCUUCACUUGCAGGCAUUGCUCGGGAAUUCUAAUAAAGCCAAAAAAAUCAGUGCAGUUUUGAAAGGUUCCAUCUGCCUUAUUGAUUAAAAGUGGCGUACGAUUGCAUCCAAUCAUAUAUGAAAGCCUGCUCACUGAUCUCAGAAAUCAUCGCGCAAGGUUUGGUGUCCAAAUGGAUCACAGAAAAGCCCCCCUCCCCCCCCCCAAAAAACAGAGAGCAUCCAAAAUGAACCCCAAAACAAACCUGUAUCUCAAGAUGCUGUGAAAAUGAACCUUUUAUUUUCAAAGCAUCCCAGUGCUUUGGGGGGGUGGGGUCACAUGGAGAAAGCAGCCUUAGGAGAUAAUAUCUGUUAGAUAUUACCUCCCAUUUGCCAAUUCAUGUGAACAGGAGAUACAUCUGGCAAGAUCUCUGCAGGCUGUUCUUCAAUUUGACCCCUGAAGAAACGCCUUUAGGCAAUAAGUGGCUGAAACGACAUUGGGCUGUUUUGAAAAUAACAUCCUCAUUUUCACAGCAUCUUGAGAUGCCGCCUCUUUGUUGCUGGGUUCAAAUGCACAGUGAAUGGACAACUUUCCAAAAUACGGAGUAGAUGCAUCUGAUUAAGUGGUCUCUAGUCCACAAAGUAAUUUGAUCAGAAGCCUGGGUGUGUCUUCUCUGUUGCCUGCACGAUCCCUUCCCUAAACCAGGAUUCCUCCCCACCCGCGUGUGUGAUCUUGCUGUCUCUUUCUAUGUUUGUCUGCUGGGCAGGUGGUGUCCCAGAGGAUGAGGCCUACAUCCCCACUUACUUGGAAGCCUUUCCGCCACUCCCAGAAAAGGGAGCCCCGGGGGAAAAGUCCAGUGAGCUUACGGGAGUAUGGAACAAAAUCCGGCCUAUCAAAUCCUCUGUCAUCACCCAGGUGAGUGUGCAGAGGCCGGGCACAGGGAGUUCCACUUCUGCUGCUGGCAUGUCUUCGCAGAAUACCUUGUGUGUGUGUGGUGUGUGUGUGCAAGGGAGAGAGGUUUCCCUAUGGGAGAUGUUAAUUGUGAAGUGUUUAUCUCAUUGCUGGAUGCGUAGCCAAAAUAAUCAGCAGACCUAGAAAGAUGGUUUUGAACUUGGAAGCAGUAAAGCUGAACUGAAGUACUUGUGUUGCCUCGUUCAAAACCAGUGUCUUGGAUGUACGCUAGGCAAAGGAUUGGCAGCGACUGUGCGGAAAAGCCUCUAUGCAUCCUUCUCUUAUUAGGAGAGCAUUGUCAUGGUUGUUCUGUCUCGCCUCCAGUAUCCGAGGCCUCUGGGCACCAGUUCAGAGAGGGUGAGCAGGAGAGUGCUGUUGUGCUCCUAUCCUGCUUGAUAGCUCAGUUGAUAGAGCAUGAGACACUUAAUCUCAGGGUCGUGGGUUUGAGCCCCAGUUAGGCAAAAGGAUUCCUGCAUUGCCGGGCUUUGGACUAGAUGACCCUCGUAGUCCCUUCCAAGUCAUGGUAGCUCCUCUGAAGCUAGAUUUCCCUUCCCCGGGGCACAGGUCCCUUCCCACCGGCUGCCCCUGUGGUGUGGCGGGGGCCACAAGAUGCAACGGGGGUGUUAAUAUAUGUUAGCACACAGCACACAGCAACUGGUUGGCCGCUGCAAUAACGAGAAUGCAGGACUAGAUGGGCCUUUUGAUGUCCUAGCAAAGGAAGAAUGGAUACAAAAACUUACGCAAUAUGCAGAAAUGGCGAAACUUACUAGAAGAAUAAGAAACCAAGAAAACAUUCUUUUAUUAUAAAAGAAUGGAAACUGUUUAUUGAAUAUUUACAGAUAAAUUGUAACCAGAUAAGAACAUUGGCAGGAUUAUUGUAAUAACUGGCAGCUUCAUAAGAGUAUGUACUGUAUUUUUCGCCCUAUAGGAUGCACUUUUCCCCCUCCAAAAAUGAAGGGGAAAUCUGGGUGCGUCCUAUGGGGCGAAUGCAGGCUUUCGCUGAAGCUUGGGGAGCGAGAGGGGUCGGUGCGCACUCCAGGCUUCAGGAAGACAUCUGCAGCCUAGGCAGCCCUGCGGAAGUUCCCGCAGGGCUGUCUAGGCUGCGAAUAGCAGCUUGCUUCCCAGAGCGCCGGGUGCGCUGAAAGCAAAAAAUACGGUAUUUAAAGAAGAUGAGUAAAUGAGCAAAUCAAGUUAAUUUGGAUAUGCAAAAGAUCUUAAAAAUUUAAGGAACCGCAGAAAGAGGGGAAAGGAAGUCAAGCUUUGAAAUGUCAAAAUGAUUGUAAAAUUAGUGAAAUGUACAAACUUGAAAAGUAUAUUUUUUUAAACUCUCAUUCGUCCAGUUAAGUAGAUUGAAAAUGGAGGGAGAGGCAAGCAAGAGAAACUGCUCCAUGCUAAAUCUCCAUGGUUGGCUUUGAAAGGAGAUUGCACAUAUUUAUCUAUUGCCUUUAUAUCUCACUUCUCUGUGGAGCUCAAAGUGGAUGGCGUGGUUCUCCUGCUGCCCCUCCUUUUAAUCCCCACAACCACCCUGCGAGGUGGGUUAGACUGAGAGGGAGUGACUGACCCAGCAUCACCCUGUGAGCUUCACAGCCAAGUGGGGAUUUGAACCCUGGUCUCCUAGGUUCUAGUCCAACACUCUUAACCGCUGCACCACACUGGCUCUCAUGCAGGAUAGAUGUUUGCAAGUAGCCAUUGGUGGGCUGAGAGCUGAACAGAACCUCCCAUGUUCUGAGGCACUGUGCCAUGCCAUGUGCAGGAGGACAACGGGGGCAUUUGUGCCUAGUCUGUGGCCUUAUUACCAGGAAAUGCCUGGUGGGCACAGAGGGAAGCGAGAUUCUUUCCUGGAUGAUCCUAUUGGUCCGGUCCUGCAUUAACUGCUUUUGCAUUUGGAAAUAGACAUUUUGCAGCAUGUAGACACGGCCCUUGAGGUGUUCCUUCCUUGGCAGGUGUUUCACGUCCCCCUGGAAGAGCGACGCUACAAGGACAACAGCCAAUUCGGAGAAGGUGACGAGGCCAAGGUGUGCGUGGACAUCAUGCAGAAGACCGGGGCUCAUAUUGAGCUCUCCUUGGCCAAGGACCAGGGCCUGUCCAUCAUGGUGACCGGCAAACUGGACUCCGUCAUGAAAGCUCGGAAGGAAAUAGUCGCUCGGCUUCAGACCCAGGUGCGUGCAAAGCCCUUCCGCCCCAAAGUGCGUCUCCCUCCACCCCAGCACCUCUCGCUUUCCUGCAAGCAGCUAUUAUUCUGCCAACUGCCCUGAGGUCUUUUGAUGAAGGGUGGGAUAUAUAUGUAACAAAUGAGUAAGGCAGCUCCCCGUGUUUCUAUAUCAAGCCAGCCCUUGUUAAAACUGCAUUUGGAAAACCCAGCAACGCCGCUGUCCCCUCCCCUUUCCACAGGCUUCAGCUACUGUCACAAUCCCCAAGGAACACCAUCGCUUUGUGAUCGGCAAGAACGGCGAGAAACUACAGGAGCUCGAGCUGAAGACGGCCACCAAGAUCAACAUCCCACGGCCCGAGGACCCCAGCAACCAGAUCAAGAUCACGGGCACCAAAGAAGGCAUCGAGAAAGCGCGGCACGAGAUCUUGCUCAUCUCGGCAGAGCAGGUGAGCCGGGGGGGGGGGCGGGGAGAGAGUCGCAACUCCCCACCCUUUACCUCCAAAGGCGGAAAGUAGCGGGAGUGGGAAGCAGUUGCGCAAGAGACUUCUGGUGGCCUGUCUCGUGGCUUCUCCUCUUCAAUUUAAAACCAGCGAGGAGGUUUUGCAGUGGACUCUGCCACACUGCAUUCCAUGGCUAGAGCAAGCCGCCCAACAGAAGAUCUGGAAUUUUUGUGGCUCUAGACACAACGUGGAGGGGUUUUAUGCAGGGCACAAUAUGGUGCGGCCAGGUUUUAUUGCUAAAUCUGGGAUACCAGCUUCAAUGGGGUAUUUUGGGAAGGCUAGGAAGGGGUACUAGGCAUGAUGGCUAUCUUUCCCCUUGGCUGUUGGAGACAGUUUGCCUGAGAGGUACCCAUUCCUGGUGAUUGCAAGCAGGAAGAGCGUUGCUGCGAUCUGUCCUGUUUGCAAGCGUCCCAUAAGUUGACUACUUCCCAUAGGUUGACCACUGUGACAACCAGGAUGCAGAGCUAUUUGCGUUUAUUUUUGUGGGAAUGUCGAGGAAAGUAGGAGAGCAUAUAUUGAUUAAAUAUUAUCCCUCCUCACUCACGCUAGUGAGCAAGCACAUUCCUGUGCACAUUGCUCAAAGCUAGUUGAUGGAGUCGUUAGAAUUGUUUAAGCUAAGCAUUCUAGUCCGGCUUCUCCAGUCUAUCUUGUUCCUGGUAAGUUUCCCCUUUUAUUUCCCUCUGGAAUAAUAACACAGCAGUCUUGAUUAAAAAUAAAGUUUACUUACAUUCAGUCCACAGUAGUAUUUUGAAGACAGCCUUUAUCUUGUGGUUACAGUUACAUUUGUAGAGAAAAGAAGUCUGAGCUUGGCCUCAGACUUUCUACCUUGUGGCUUCCAUCCUCUGUAAGGAAAGAGCAAAAGAGGAAGAUGGCUCUGUGACCGGCCCUUUUAUAGGCUCUGCCAGGGUCAUGCCCAUCUAUCUGGUCACACACAGGGGAAGGAUGCUCCAGACAGGUGUGACAGGAAGUCCUCCUGGCUGGAGUAACAUCCCCCUGUGUGUCCACUCUGGGCAACAGGAAGUGUUGCAUUUGACUGCUUCAGUGAUGAUACAUCCCACAGUUUUCAGGAUGAUACACAAUACCGUUUAUUUAGAACGCCUAAGUAGCUUUUCGUGUGAUCCAGCCAAGGCUGCUCUCCAGGCUCUGUGUAUUGGCCUUGACUGCAUUUCAUGGACAGGAGCUUCUGUGUCCCAGCUCCCUUCUUCAAAAGGAAGGUCAUAGUGGGGAAAAGAAAUCAGUCUUGGGGGAUUGACUGGAAGGGGGAAACCAUACAGUGAGCGAUUCACCUCCCCAUUAUUUCCAGGAGAGGGGCUGAAUAGUUAAGAACUGAGACUUGAUCCACAGGUUUUGGAUAUACCAGGCCAGGGCAGCCUGUGAUCCAGCAGAGGUUGCUCCUCUUCACGUGGAUCAGCAGGUUUCCCCUUGUGUUCCAGGAUAAGCGGGCCGUGGAGCGCUUGAACCUGGAGAAGGCCUUCCACCCUUUCAUUGCUGGAGCCUUCAACAAGGUGGUCCAGGAGAUCAUGCAGGAGACCGGGGCUCGCAUCAACAUCCCACCACCCAGCGUCAACAAAGACGAGAUCAUCAUCACCGGCGAGAAGGAGCCCGUGGCCCAGGCUCUCCUGCGCAUCCGCAAGAUCUACGAGGAUAAGGUGGGUGGGUUUGCCUGUCCCUGCAAAAGGCGGCCUUAACGGCACUUUGACGGAAGCACCAAAUCUGUAGAGAGCUCUGUUGUUUAGCGUUUUAGCUGGCAGUUUCUGUAAGAAAGGGAGUGUCAGCUACAUCAAGCAGCCCCUUUGAGUGCAGGUGGUCCCGGCGCUGCCUGGGGCGGGUGGGAAUGACAGGCCAAGACAUCUAGCUGGCACCAGUUUGGCAAAAACCUGCCCUAAAGAAAUCAGUGGCCACUUCUACAUGCACUUUCUACAUGAAAUGGGUGGAUUUGGGGCCGUCACCUUGCUGAAAUUUGCAAAGGAGCAGCAGAAAAAAGAAACAUUCCCCCCCUUUUUUUUGAGAACUUGCAUGUGUUUUGCAGCAGAAAUCCUCUUAAAAGCAUUUCCUCCCUGUUGACUGGAGGGAAUCCACCUUUGAAAACGGCGCUUGCAAGGUGCAGGAGAAAAAUCUGCCCCCUCGUUAAUCAGAGACACCAGAAUGCUUAUAACUUCCCAUGAGCCAUUAAACAGGAUAAAGUAGGGAUGGGGAGUCCAUGAUGAUGAUGAUGAUGAUGAUUUUAUUUUAUUAUUUAUAUCCCUCCCAUCUGGCUGGGUUUCCCCAGCUACUCUGGGCAGCUCCCAACAGAAUAUUAAAAACACCAAACAUUAAAAGCUUCCUUAAACAGGGCUGCCUUCAGAUGUCUUCUGAAAGUCAGAUAGUUGUUUAUUUCCUUGACAUCUGAUGGGAAGGCGUUCCACAGGGUGGGCGCCACUACUGAGAAGGCCCUCUGCCUGGUUCCCUGUAACCUCACUUCUUGCAGUGAGGGAACCGCCAGAAGGCCCUCGGUGCUGGACCUCAAGUGUCCAGGCUGAACGAUGUGGUGAAGACACUCUAUGAUCCUUCUGAUGUUUCUGGGCUGCAGCACCCAUCAUCCCUGGCCCAUGGUCCAUGUUGGUUGGGGUUGAUUGGUGCUGGAGUCUGCACACAGCACCUACAGGGCUGCCAUCACCCCAUUUGCAGGAUAAAUCCUGCAGCCCUAAUUGUUACCCUAUUCCUGAGUGCCGUGCGGUCAGCCGCCCCAACUUGGUUUGGCUGGAUGAGCGGGGAAGGUUUGGUAGUAGCUGUUUUUCUCUGGGCGUGCCGGGAGGCUUUUGGCACCUUUGCCCGUUUCCAUGCUGUGAAGCAGCUGCUGCUCCCUCCCGUUCCCUCUCUCUCAGAAGCGCAAGACGACCACGAUCUCGGUGGAGGUGAAGAAGUCCCAGCACAAGUACAUCAUCGGCCCCAAAGGCAACACCCUGCAGGAGAUCCUGGAAGCCACCGGAGUCUCAGUAGAGAUGCCACCCCUGGAAAGCAGCUCGGAAACAAUCAUCCUCCGAGGGGAGCCCGACAAGCUGGGUCCCGCUCUGACUCAGGUCUACGCCAAGGUAAAGGGCUCCGAGCAUCUGUGCUGGACCGCCUGGUCCUCUUUAUGCGCAGUUUGGACCAUGUGGGCCACCUGAACACCAAGGGUGGAUUUGACUGCACCACUAAGGAUGUUCAAGAAGGUGCAUCUGUAGUGGCUUGGCAGUUUUAUUGCUGUUGCAAAAAAAGGGGGGGGGGCCUUUACCAUUUCUUUUGAAGCAAGUUUAUGUAAUCUGAUUUUUUUUGUUUUCUUCCUUGCAACCAUGUAGGUCUUAAAAAGCACCUAGUGGGAAUUGUCUUACGCAACUGUAGAGAGUAAUCUUCUCAUAGGAGGCUCUUUGCUCCCCCGUCUCUGUCCAAAAUAAGCUUUUACUUAGCGGAGUAAAAGAAAAAUAAUGGUGCCGUUCAAGAGACUGCACCUUGUCUCUCUUUUAUCGCAGGUUUUAGACCUGUGUUGGGAUUUAUUUACAGUCGUACCUUGGUUUUCAAACAGCAUAGUUCUUGAACAUUUUGGCUCAUGAAUACCUCAAACUCGGAAGUGAGUGUUCCAGUUUGCAAACUAUUUUUGGAAGCCAAACAUCUGACAUGCCUUCUGAUUGGCUGCAGGAGCUUUCUGCAGCCAAUCGGAAGCCGCGCCUUGGUUUCCGAAUGCUUUGGAAGAUUGAAAGGACUUCCGGAAUGGAUUCCGUUCGAGAACCAAGGUACAACUCUAUUUAGUAUUUAUUCAGUUUUUAUACAGCCCUUUAUCUAAAGAUCCCAGGGUGGUGUACAACAUUAAAAACACAUUUUAUGGAGCAUUGAUAAAAACAUAACAAAAAGCAUAAUAACAGUCAUAAUAAUAACAAAAUAAUCGUAAUAACAGUCCCCCACCCACCCACUCACAGCUUUAACAGGCCAUGGAUUAUUUAAUGGGAAAAGGCUUGGGUAAAGAGGAAAGUUUUUGCCAGGCCCCUAAAGAUGGCACCAUGCGAGUGUCUCUGGAAAGAUCAUUCUACAAUCGGAGAGCCACCACAGAAAAGGCCCAUUCUCAUGUUACCACCCUUCAGACCUCUUGGAGGUGUUUGUGUGUGUACAUAAUGGGCCUCAGAUGACAAGCACAGGUUGGUUUGUAUGGGGAGAGACAGUCCUUUCUGAGCUGAGUAUUAUUACAUUUAUAUACCACUUUUUUCUUCCAAGUAGCUCAAGGUGGUGUACAAGGUGGCGUACAUGGUGUACAUCCUCACAAUAACCCUGUGGGGUAGGUUAGGCCAAGAAAUGGCAACUGGCCCAAGGUCACCCAGUGAGCUUCGCUGCUCAAUGGGGAUUCGAACCCUGUUCUCCCUGGGUUGCUAAGCAUUGCGACUUGAGAUGGAUGUUUGAAAUGGUACUAUGGCGGCACCUAGAGACAGAACGCAGUCAUUGCUGCACUAGAACAGCGAUGCCCGUGUUGAAAUCUGGGAAACUGUGAUUUGACCACAAAACUCUCCCUCUUCUCUCACCCCACCAGGCGAAGAGUGUGAUGGUAGCUGAAGUAACCGCCCCAGCCUGGUUACAUCGUUUUAUAAUUGGAAAGAAAGGACAGAACAUUGGCAGGAUCACCCAGCAGCUUCCGAAGGCAAGUAUCGCUUGUGCAAGAGACUGGAGUAAUGGGGGUGAAACCGCAUGUAUUUUUGCCGUGUUUCCAUUUUUAUACAUGACGUAUGAUCCCUGAAGCCCGAGGAAGAGCUGGGUGUGAUACCCAAGCAGCAAGACGUGGGCUAGGUUGGUUUGGGUGUUCUGAUGUGCCUGUUUGACGGAUAGAAGGGGCAGCUAGCAAACAAACCUGCAAGUUACUAGUCCACAAGUUUUUACUACGUGCCCCACCCAUUAGACCAGGGCCAGUCACCUGUGGUGUACUGCUGGCCUCAAGGAGCAAGGCUUAAGUCUAUAAGGAGAAUCCUGUAUCAAGCCAAAGGCCUACUUAGUCCAUCAUCCUGUUACACGCAGGAUUCAACCACACACCUCUGGGAAGCUCACAAGCAGGUUGCUCUUCCCCAUGGGUUUCUCCAGCAGCUGAUAACUCAGAGGCUGCUUCUAAUACUAAAGGUAGCAUGUAGCCAUAACGGCUAGUAGCUUUUGCUAGUCUUUCAUGGGGGAUUCUCAUCUAAUCCCCCUUUUAAAGCUGUCCAAGUCAGUGGCUGCCACUGCAUUGUGUACCACCAGAUUCUAUAGUUCAACUACAUGUUUUGUGAAGACGUUCUUCCUUUUGCCCAUCCUUUUGCCUAUUCAGCUUGCAUUUUAGCAUCGUGAGGUGGUCACCUGGAGGCAAUGACUACUCGCCGCAGGAGAGUGGCAGUUUGCCAACCCGCCUUAGGCAUGCAGGACAUAAGAGACGCCUUUGGGGGGAUUAUAACAACACAACAAGAUGGAAGAAGUAAAAUAUUGAGAUCCCGCAUGGGUGAAAGGGAUUGGGGGGUAUAUGGGAACCUAUAAUAUCAUUUAUAAUAUAAUUUGUUAAUUGUGUUGUAUUUACAUAUAGCAAAGGGACGCCUAGAGCAAUUAGAUAUAUUUUAAUUUAGGUAAUCUAUGUAAUAGGCUUAUGUUAGAAAAUGAAAAUGGAUUUUGAAUUUGAUGUUUGCGAAUUUUUUUGGUUUUGAAAUAAAAAAUGUAAACUUUUUUUAAAAAGAUGCCUUUGGGGGGAUACUUGGGUCAUCUUUUUUUUCUUCAUCGGGCAUAUCAGAAGUUUGAUUGCUUGUCCCCUUUCAGGUUCACAUCGAAUUCACGGACGGCGACGAGAAGAUCACGCUGGAAGGUCCCACCGAAGAGGUGGAGCUGGCUCAGAUGCAGAUCCAGGAGAUUAUUCGGGACCUGGUGAGCCGCUGCAGCUUCUUGCCGCAGAGUUGUCUGUUGCUGGCCCAGUCGCAGGAGUAUGAACCGAAAUCUCACCAUCUUGUGAAAAAGUUCGCUCUCGCAGGUGCCCCCCAGCAUAGGGUGGGGCUUGGUAUAUUGAGAACCAAGAUAAUGAUAAUGAAAAUAAUAAUUUAUUUAUUCCCCACCCAUUUGGCUGGGUUUCCCCAGCCACUCUGGGCAGCUCCCAACAGAAUUAUUAAAAACACAAUAAAACAUGAAACAUUAAAAACUUCCCUAAACAGGGCUGCCUUCAGAUGUCUUCUAAAAGUCAAACUUAGUUGGUCUCUAGGGUGCUACUGGAAGGAAUUUUUUUUAUUUUGUUUCUAAAAGUCAGAUAGUUGUUUAUUUCGUUGACAUCUGAUGGGAGGGUGUUCCACAGGGUGGGGGUAAAUAAGGUGCCCCCCAUUAACAUACGAGAUGGAAACCAAAUCUUAGGAAUAUAAUUAGAUUAUUAUUUUCUAACUGCCCUUCUCCACAAGGUCCCAAGGUGGGUUCCAACAGUACAGUUAUAAAAGCAGAUAAAACCAAUCCUGGCAGACGGGUCAGGAGAAUGCUGAGAGUAGACCGGGCAGAAAUAGCAUCAAUGCUUUUCUGCAAGGGAGUCCAUAUCUCCUGAGGACACAGUAGAAUUGCAACAGAACCACUCUGGGUGGCGGCCGUGAGGCAAGCUCACCAUCUUCUCUUUCCCUCCUGCCAUCCCCAAAAUAUUCCUUUGCAGCUCGGCCGAAUGGACUACACUGAAGUGCUCAUCGAUCAGCGGUUCCAUCGUCACCUGAUAGGGAAGAAUGGAGCCAACAGUGAGUCCUGGUGUGCCAACACAAGCGCUGGGCAAUUUGUCUUGUCUUGGGGAAGUUGCGGUGGGUGGCGGCUAUGUGACAAUUGAGGACACCUGCCAGGCAACGCUUGCAAAGGUUUGGUGCUGGCCUCUGUGUCUCUGAUACUGCCUCUCUCUCUCUCUCUCUCUUCCCUUCUGCGUGCUGCCAGUCAACCGCAUCAAGGAACAGCACAAAGUCUCCGUCCGAAUCCCGCCCGACAACGAGAAGAGCAACCUGAUCCGGAUUGAGGGAGACCCGCAAGGGGUUCAGCUGGCCCGCAAGGAGCUGCUGGAGAUGGCUGCUCGCAUGGUAAGGGAGAGACCAGCAUCUCGGCUGGUACCCUCGUCUCUCGCUUAGCCUCCCCAAGCCGGAGUUAGGAUGGAAGAAGAAGAAGGAGCCAAUCAGGAAGAGGGAAGGGGAGAUUGGAAGGGGAAAUGCAUGGCAGUGGGGGUGGGUGAGGUUGGAGGGGUUACAGGGGUGAAUGAGAUCUUAUUUGGUGGGGGGCAGAGAUGGAGAGCUAAUAGCUCAGUAUUCUUUCAAUUUGUAUCCCGUCCUCCUCCCAAAGGAGCCCAGGCCAGCAAACACAUCUAUAUUUCUUUUUAUUUUACUUUUAUUUUAUUUUGAUAAUAAUUUUAUUAGUUUUCAAUUACAGUCCAAUAACAGCCUUGUUUUUAACACCGCCAAAUUAUAAUACAUUUACUAAUACCAAUCGUUCAGAUACUGAAUUAUAUAAUUUAGGUGCCACCUUGCCCACCCCCCGCAUGCUAGAAUUGCUGGUUUGAUGGUUUUCUUUAUUUCUGCGUUCCAAAAUCUUACUAAUUUCUAUUACAUUCCGGUCAAAAUAAUAAUCCUUUAUACAACAACUGCAAUAUUAAUAGCAUCUAUUCAUGUUAACACAUUAAAUGAUUUAUAAAACAACACUCAAACUAUAUCCUUGUUCUUCCUGUGUGCGGCAAUUAUUCUCUCUGUGAUGUUUCUUCCUGUCCUUGUAAAAUGUGAUUUCUAUUUCUGUUUCAAAGAGCAUUCUAAAAAUUGUUCUAAAAUAUACUCUCAGCUUGAAGAGAUGCCAUGAACAGUGAUUUUCAGACAUCAAACACCUGGGUCAACAGGGAUGCUUUUAGAUUCCUUCUGGGAGUCCCUUAAGGAGGGUGGCAGACGCUUCGCAUCAGGGAGGGUGUUCCACAAAUGUGGAGCCAUCACUGAAAAGGCCCUGUUGGUAAAUUUCCAGCCAGGCAUCACCCCCACCACCACCAAGCCCUCACUGAUUGUCAGCGCUGAUUGUCAGCUUCUGCCAAAGCAGGCAAGAUUAGACUAAAUUUGACCAGUGAUCUUGCUCCAUGCAAACCAGAGCCUCUUAAAGUGGAAAUAUUCUGCCUUCCGUAGAGUCAGAGCAGCACAUAGCGAGGUGCAUUGGUUGGAAAGUUGGGCUUAGGAACCUGGGAGAGCAGGGUUCGAAUCUCCACUUGGCCGUGAAGCUCACUAAGGUGACCUCAGGCUAGCCACCUCCUCUCAAUUUCAUUGUGAGGAUGGAACGGGGAGGGCGGAGAACCAUGUAUUCCACCUUGAAGCUCCUUGAAGGAAGGGUGUGAUAGAAAUGUAUCAAAUAAAAGAAAGGGAAAAAAUACGGCAGAUAAAGGAGGCAGGACUCUGGGUGCUUCUUCGUGGAUCCCCUCCCAGAAUCUUUUGUACAAGGGCAGUGCUUGUAGCAGUCCCGUUGCGCAGGAAGGAGUCUCUCUUGGGGCGGAUGCAGCUGACUGGUUGUGUGGGCUUCUGUCCUAGGAAAACGAACGCACGAAGGACCUCAUAAUCGAGCAGCGCUUCCACCGGACCAUCAUUGGGCAGAAAGGCGAGAAAAUCAAGGAGAUCCGUGACAAGUUUCCUGAGGUAGGAAAGAAAAAUUAUUAGAUUUAUAUAUAUAUUUGUCAUGAAAGUCUACUCAAUAUUGAUCCAGAGUAGAUUCCAAUGUAUAGUUAGCAGAGUGAAAACUUAAACACGUUGCAAGAUUCCCCAAAAAUGGACCAGAGGCAAUUAAUAUUUCAUCCAGCAGAGCUUUACUGCUACUGAAGGCAAACGAGCAGAAUGGUCACAAAUCCAAUACAUUCAGGAUUGGCACUGUCCAUAGGAAAUCCAGUUGCAGCAGACUUAACUUGAACUUAGAACAACUUAUAAUAAGUCUAAAACAUUAAUGCUAUAUAUAGAACUGUACACCAGAAGGAAAAGAGAUAGAAGGAUAGAAGGAGAAAGUGAAACUGAGACUCCUUCCGGCCCUGCUUUUGUAGUCAGCAUGACCUUGACAGAAAAAGAUAAGAAAACCAGUUUAAGCAAACUGUACUCUGCUUCUCUGAAGGAAUAACCCAAACAUCAUGAACCUUCUGCUUGUUUCUUUCACACAGAGAAGCUUCCAGAAACCUCUUGAAUUAAUUAGAAUAGGAAAGAUCUCUGCACGUCAGAUCAAUACUUUCUGCACUAAGAAAUGCAAACUGACCAUUUUUACCCCUCCUUUUUAUCUGAGGGGACUCAAGGCGGCUUGCAAAUAAAGAGGAGUUGCUGAGAGCUUGUUGGGUUUUUUUGAGUGGGGAGCUGAUGCUUUAUCUCUGCAGCACCUAUUCUUUUGGCGCAUGGUAAAUCAUUGUCCGCUUUGUGGUUCCGGUAGUCUCGAGCACUAAAUGUCUUGCAUCUCUUACCUGACAACAGGUUGGGGCUAAAACUUGAGUCUGUGCUGGACCUUCUGUUUUUCUGAAACCUUAUCAUAAGUUAGCGAUGUAAGCAAAGUGUGUGUGAAAGGCAAAAUUCGUAAUUCCUGAGAAUCUCGUCUUCAUUUCGUUUUGCUUUUUAAAUACAAGUUAGUAGUCCUUUAGAACAAAAUAAUGAACUGGAAAAAAUGUUUAAAAGUACUUUCCAAAAAACAACAACCCCAGAGUCCUUUUUGUUGGGAAUAACCCAGAUGGAAAUUCCCAGGUCUCAGAAAAGGUUAUUUAUGUAUGCCACUACUGCGGCUCGUGUUUUGUUAGCCCAAAAAUGGAAAACGAAAACAAAGUCCCAACUAAAGAAGAAUGGCAACUUAAACCGAUGGAAUAGCUUGCGGACUUAACAUAUAGAAUAAGAGAACAAGAAGAACAUAUGUUUAAAGAAGAUUGGAAAAUGUUUAUUGAGUAUAUGGAGGAAAAUUGUGUUUAUUUGAAAACUUCGGCAGCAUUAAGAUAAAUUCAACAGUGUAAAUAAGUUUUGGUGGAUGUAACAAUGGAAUAUCGAAUGGUUUACUUUAUAUAAAAUAUGCAGGGAUGUAUGUUGUGCAAUGAACCAUGGAAAGAGAAGGGAAGUCAUUGAUAUUAUAAGGAUGUUUAAAUGAGUAUUCAAAAUUGUAAAACUGAAAAUUUAAUAAAAAUUAUAUAUAUGAACGAAAUACAGUGGAACCUCGGGUUACGGCGGGGAUCUGUUCUGGAGGCCCCGCCGCAACCCGAAAAUGAUGCUCAUCGAUGCGACAUGUCUGCACAUGUGCGAGUGGUGAACCCGGAAGUAACCUGUUCCGGUACUUCCGGGUUUGCUGCAGACGUUCGCCGAAGCGGAGGCGGACGCAGAACGAGGUUUGACUGUAGAGAAGUAUGGGCAAUACCUGAUUGAAAGUCAGAGGAUGAGGACUCUGUGCCCUUUGUUAUAACUCAUUGUUGCGCAUGGAGAGAGGGAAAGCCGAGUUAAAGAUGCAAGGCAACUUGUAGCUGCUGUGAUAGCCUUACCCUGCACGAUCUCCAGAGUUGCAGAUCUGCUUAGAAGCUCACCUUUUUAACCCAGUCCUCGUUUAAUCCCUCCCCACGAAAGAAGGGGACUCUAGGUGCUUACCCCGUGACUCUGCGUACUGAUAACUGCUCCACCCCUACAGGUUAUCAUCAACUUCCCAGACCCCUCUCAGAAGAGCGACAUCGUGCAGCUACGUGGGCCCAAGAACGAAGUAGAAAAGUGCGCCAAGUAUCUCCAGAAAGUCAUUGCAGAGCUGGUGAGUCCCACCCGGUUAGGCUUGCAGAUGAACAGGGCUGCUGCUCGGCCCCCCACCCCCUUUUUCUCAAUGUGACGGAAUCCCAUUGGGGUGAAACCCACCCUUUUCCCCAAGAACUGGGCUAUUUGGGAAGGGAGAGAGGAGGGGAAGGGUGUCUGUUUGCUGCUGCCGCGACCAGUGUCUUGCUGAAGUGUUGCUGCUCUACCAGGCGUGCUUCUUUUGCCCAGGCAGGUGGCCUUGGGAUGUACCACCUCAUGUGAUCGGAAAGGGGGUAGCACAGUGGUGGCCUGAGAUAACUGGCAGGCAAAGGAAGCUCGGUUGGAUACAAGAAAACUUACUUUAUUUUUAUUAUUUAGUAGUUUAUACACCCUGUUCUUCCUCCAGGUUGGAGCACAGGGCAGCUUGCGAUGCAACACGCAACAGUAAUCGUACAAAAAAAGAUACAAUAAAACUGAAUAAAACAUACCACCAUUGUAAAAACAGCCAAACUAGGCCUGAACUCUGCCAGUGUCUACAUCAGGUUCCAAAGCCCUGGACAAAUAAAUAGGUGAUAACAUAUCUAAAUAUAGCUAAUGUGGAAGGUUGACAUAUUUCAGUUUGGAGGGUUUUCCAUUAAACGGCACCGCCACUGAGAAGGCCCUGUCUCAUUCCUUGUUGGAAUAAUAAUCCAUAAUUAUUUAGUUAUUGUAUAUUCAUUAAUUCAUACCUAUUUCCAUAUCUUCCGAUCUCGUUUCCUGUUGCCCACGAUUUCCCGCCCUAAUUUAAAAAGAAAAGUCCCUUCCAUUUUUGCUCCUUCCAUUCUUUCUCCAGGAGAAUUGCCAGAGGCUUGGUGGCUUUGUCCUCUGAGUUUGCCUUUUGCCCUUGUACCCAGGAUCCUUUCUGUCUCAGCUCUAUCUCUGCCAUCUCAAGAUGCUUCUGAAAGUCUCUAUCAAUGGUUCCAUUCCUCUUCGCCAGUAUUGUCUGUCUCACUCCUCCAGGCACCAUAUUUAACUUCAUGGAUUUUCUUCUUCUUUGCCUUAGGUUGAAAACAGUUUUUCUAUUCCAGUCCCUAUCUUCAAGCAGUUCCACAAGAACAUUAUUGGGAAAGGAGGCGCCAACAUCAAAAAGGUAAAAGUGUGUGUGGGGGGGUUUUCCUCCUUCCGAUUUCCUCCCGUCCCCCAAGAACUGGGCUUGGGGUGGUAGUGUCUCAGUUUCUGAGGAAGGAAAUAGUUUCUGUGGAUAGAGGUCCAAGCCAGUUAAGAAUCAGAGAGUCAGUUCCAGCAUGUUGGCCUGACGCCUCUGAUGUUGUAAAGAACCAAUGCAAACCUCUGGAGCUUUGGUCUGAGGGGUCCUAACCAACUGCUGCUGUCGGACAACGGUCUGCUCACUUGGUCACUGCAGGUGGUGCUGUGGUCUAAACCACUGAGCCUCUUGGGCUUGCCGAUCAGAAGGUUGUUGAUUCGAAUCCCUGAGACGGGGUGAGCUCCCGUUGUCCUGUCCCAGCUCCUGCCAACCUAGCAGUUUGAAAGCACAUCAAAGUGCAAGUAGAUAAAUAGGUACUGCUCCGGCGGGAAGCUAAACGGUGUUUCCGUGCGCUCUGGUUUCCAUCAUGGUGUCCUGUUGCGCCAGAAGCAGUUUAGUCCAGCUGGCCACAUGACCUGGAAAGCUGUCUGUGGACAAAUGCCGGCUCCCUCGGCCUGAAAGCGAGAUGAGCACCGCAACCCCACAGUCGCCUUUGACCAAACUUAACCGUCCAGGGGCCCUUUACCUUUUACCUGCUCACCUGCCUGCCUCCCUCUUCCAAGCCGUUGCCAAGGGCUGCUCCUUGUAGAGUCCCUUACGGUAGCCUAGCCUUGAGGGUCUGGGUUUGAUGUUAUCUCUUCACAAUAGAUUCGAGAGGAAACCAAUACCAAGAUUGACCUCCCCACAGAAAACAGCAACUCGGAGGUGAUCCUGAUCACUGGGAAGAAGGCCAACUGCGAGUGCGCCCGGGACCGCAUCCUGGCCAUCCAGAGGGAGCUGGUGGGUGUGUGAAGCAGUUUCCUCCUGUUAGUCUUUCCAGAUCCCAAGGAAAUGGCUUGGACAUUCCAGUCUCUAACACAACGGCUGCAGUUGGAAGUCACGCUAUCAAACCACAGUUUAUUGUGACAGGAGUGAGCCUAGCCUCUCCUCAGGGGUGCAUGUUCACUCCAUCACCUUGGAGAUGAGCUCAGAAGUUCUCAGCUUCCGUUUUAGAUUAACCGUGGCUUGGUAUGUUAUCCAAACCUUAACAGACCGGUUGAUCUUAACUCUGGCUUGUUUGAAACCAAGGCAACAUCUAACCAUGGUUUGAGGAAACUGCCUUGUUUCAACAAACCAUAGAUAGGAUUAACUACAGUUUUAGGUCUGGCUGCAAUGAAUAGAAAAUUGGAACCGAAAGCUUCCACAUUAAGCGCUGGAAGUAAAAGCUUCAAUUGUUUUCCUUGCCGUGCCAGUGGAAGUGGGGAGAUUCAGUGCCUAGGGGAAGGCUAGAUUUGUUCUUUCCACAAUAAGCCAUGGUUUAUGGUGACGACUGUUUGGAUUGGGCGAAAGGCAAUCUGUAGCAUGUUGUAUGGGGGGCUGCUCUUGGGACACCCCUGUUUCCAGAUAUUUUAAUCCCUUGCUUCUGCGAUUGGAUGCAAGUUCAGCAGUUUAUUGUAUCUUAGUUAAUUGUUUGCUCGCCUUGAACCUUACAGGAAAGGCAGGAUAUUAAAAUUUUACGGCAAUUGCUUUGGAAGCAAGUGCCAACUUUGGCCUUGGAGACAGGGUUUUGUAGACCUUGUCUCUCUCUGUUUCUGUCUCUAUCACCCACCCCUUCCCUCCCAGGCUAACAUAAAAGAAGUGGAUGUGUCUAUACCAGCCAAGCUACAUAACUCCCUGAUCGGGGCCAAGGGGCGGCUAGUGCGCUCCAUCAUGGAGGAGUGUGGCGGGGUGCACAUCCACUUCCCUUCCGAGGGGUCGGGCAGCGACAAGGUCACCAUCCGAGGGCCUGGCGAGGAGGUGGAGAAAGCGAAAAGGCAGUUGCUGCAGAUCGCGGAAGAGAAGGUACCAAAUACAUCGGAGGUUGCCCGGUGUUAUCAGUGGGAGAGCGUGGGGAGAAAACGGCUGUUCUUUGGCAGUCAAGUUGCUACGAUAACAGAGGGCAUCUUUCACACCUCCCCAUUUUCCUUUGAGCCAUGGGCUGCAUCUUCAGCACACCUUUAAAAGCAGAAUUAUACCAAUUUAAUCAGUCACGGCUUCCCCGCCAAAAAAACAGAAUCCUGGGAACUGUAAUUUGUUAAAGAUGCUUGAGAGCUGUUAGAAUAGAAUUGUGGAGUUGGGAGUCCAGCCCCAUGGAAUGCAGGAAUCUCAGCUAAAUCCCUUUUCCCCCUCACAGAGGUACAGCUCUCAAACCACUCAGAGAAAGGGGAAGAUGGGUCUCCUCUAACAAGUCUCAAACUCCCAAUUUCCAGGAUUUUGAGGGGGAAUCCACAACCGUUUAAAGUGGCAUAAUAGCGCUUUAAAUAGCGUGCAAAUGUGGCCUUAAAACUCCAUAUUGCAGCUCCAUUUGCUUUCCUAAAUUACUAGCCUAUGAAGGCAUGAUUUCAAAGGCACGCAAUAUGGUUUGAAGCGAAGUAUGUCCCUCCCAGGUCAGAUAUUGGAUGGGAGGUCACCCUGCUUACCCCCCCCCCCUUUUAAUCUGGCUGUGGUUCCUUGAUGGAUGGAAGGAAGGACUGGAAUUUAAAUGUAAUAAAUCAAAGACAUGGAAAUAAUCCCUAGAAAAACAGCCGGAUUUUAAAACUGUGGUCCAUCGCACGAAGAGCUUGGAGCAUUCAUGGCCACACAGAGCAGCUAAAAAAAUAAUGAGCAACUAUCUGUCUUGGCCGCAGUUAGUGGAAAUGCAUCUUAGGAGUUCUUCUGCGGCUUAUCUCGCCUAUAAUUCCUAUGAGACAAAACCCCUCCCCCUUUUCGAAGUGGUUUGUGCUUGAGGCUGCUGCAGCUAACAGUAUAAUUUUAACUCUGCCCUAGUUUUUGCGUUCCUUUCCACACUUCUAAUGUUUUUAUUUGUAUUGUGACAUAGUUGUACACCGCCUUGAGAUUUGACAUGAGAGGUGGUUUGCCAUUUUUAUCGAUUAGGCUGAUCAGUCCCACGUUGCCGAGGUCUCCAGCUGACUUAAAUCUGCAGACAUUCCCAAAAAACCCCACAAAUUCAGAAUUCUUGUAAAACGUUAACAUCCUCACACAGACUUGUUGCGCAUGGAAAUGUUUUUUUUAAAUGAAUAAGUAGCGUGCCGAUUCCACGGGUUGGAUCGGCUGCAUAGAAAACUGUAAGGAAAGUGCUUCCUUUGGCAGCGAGUUCUACAGUUCAGUUUAGGAGGCAGGAGUAAUUAUUUGUGCCACAGAGCAAGGUGCUCCUUGGCAAGCGUUCAGCUAUCCGCCCUCUGCCCUCUCCACCCGCAGCAAAUCAACAACCACUCGGCAGAGCUGCACGCCAAGCCAGAGUACCACAAAUUCCUGAUCGGGAGAGGGGGCGCCAACAUCCGCAGAGUGAGGGACCGCACCGGUGCCCGCAUCAUCUUCCCCAGCCCCGACGACAAGGACCAGGAGAUCAUCGCCAUCGUGGGGAAGGAAGAUGCGGUGCGGCAAGCCCAGCAUGAACUGGAAAGCCUCAUUUGCAACCUGGUAUAUAUUUAUAUAUGAGUGUGGGUGCUCGGCUGUUUCAUUUGCAUCUGGUUUGGAUGGUUAUAUGCAUGCCCAGCAUACAGCACCCCUAGAAUUGGUUUGGGUGAACGGCAGCCUAGCAAUUGCUUAGCCACCAGCCGCUAACUAGCUGUCGAGUUGGUAGCAUUCAGCGGCACAGCGCGGCGUAGUGGUUAGUGCUGGACUUGGACCUGGAAGAUCAGGGUUCAAUCCCCACUGGGCCACGGAGCUUCCUGGGGGAGCCUGGGCCUCCUCUCGGCCUGACCUCCCUCUCAGGGUUGUUGUGGGGUUUAAAUGAGGAGGGGGAGAACCAUGCCCACCACCUUGAGCUUCUUGGAGAAAAAUGCAGGAUAUGAAUCAAUAAACGUGAGCAGCAAUACUAGGCUGACUUCCACCCGGAAACCUCCAUAAAGCUCAUGGCCACCAAUCUCCUUGCCAAAGGACUACUAGUCGUCCGGAAAGAGCCCAAACCUUUGGAGAGUGAGAUUGCGCAAAGCUGGAUAGCGUCCCUUUUCCGCAUUGGCCAUGAUUUGGGGGAGAGACUGUAGCCGUGGAAGGAGAGGCUACAGGGCCCUUCCCCCCCACCUCCUCUUCCUGCCCCCCAGGAUAACGUCAUCGAGGAUUCCAUGAUGGUUGACCCCAAGUACCACCGCCACUUUGUGGCGCGCCGGGGGCACGUGCUACGGGAGAUUGCGGAAGAGUACGGCGGGGUUGCGGUGAGCUUCCCUCGGACGGGCGUCCAGAGCGACCGCGUGAUGCUCAAGGGAGCAAAGGACUGCGUGGAAGCUGCCAAGAGACGCAUCCUGGAGAUCAUCAGCGACCUGGUAGGCCUCCAUUUCUGGAGUCUGGGUCAGAAAGGGCGUUUGGAAAGACCAAUUCAAAGUGCUGGUUUUGACCUAUAAAGCCUUAAACGGCUCAAGACCGCAAUACCUCAAGGACCACCUCUUUCCAUAUACAGUGGUACCUCAGGUUAAGUACUUAAUUCGUUCUGGAGGUCCGUUCUUAACCUGAAACUGUUCUUAACCUGAAGCACCACUUUAGCUAAUGGGGCCUCCUGCUGCCGCGGCGCCGCUGGAGCCCAAUUUCUGUUCUCAUCCUGAAGCAAAGUUCUUAAUCUGAAGCACUAUUUCUGGGUUAGCGGAGUCUAUAACCUGAAGCGUAUGUAACCUGAGGUACCACUGUAAACCUACUUGGACCUUGUGAUCAUCUUCUGAGACCCUCCUUCGUGUGCCUCCUCCUCAAGAGGUCCAGAGGGUGGCAACAUGAGAACGGGGCCUUCUCAACAGUGGCUCCCCAUUUGUGGAAUGCUCUCUCCAGGGAAGUUCACCUGGCGCCUUCAUUAUACACCUUUUUAGCCAGGCCUUUGGUUGAUCCGAUUUACAUCCUAUGCCCUUUUAAAAUGUGUUUUUUUUGGGGGGGGGGGCUAUUGGGUGGUUGUUUUAAUUUUCAUUAGGUAUUUUGUGGUUUAAUAUCUUGAUUUGUACCCCCUGUAUAGGGCGGUACAUAAAUUCAAUUAAUAAUAAUAUUAAUAAUAACAGCAAAAACAACAACAACCCCCUCUUUCCAAUAUGUGUCAUGUUGUAAUUCUCUUUUAAGAUGAGAACGAUACCUUAAGCUGCAGGUUGGUGAUCCUUGGGGCUAACGUGCCUCUCCACCCCAUGACCGUGCAGGAUUGAAAUCCCUUUCCACCUCUGUUGGCUUCAAAGUCAUCACAAGCACGCUUAGCCCCGAUGCCCCUUCCCCGCAACCUUAACUCGCCUUGCUCGCCCCGUCCCACUUUUUUCUUUUUCUUUUGCUUCCCAUCUCUUCUCCAGGAAGCCCAGGUGGUCCUCGAGUGCGUCAUCCCGCAGCGCUUCCACCGGGUUGUCAUGGGAGCCAAAGGUUACAAGGUGCAGCAGAUCACUCGGGACCACGACGUGCUGAUCAAGUUCCCGGAGCGAGAUGACACUUCCGGUAGAGGGGAUGGCAGGUAGAGGGGAGGGGAGAUUCCAUGCAGGGAAAUAUUUUCACCUGGUUUUCUCCCCACCCCUCUAGGUUCAGAAGCACAGUCUCAGGAAAACGGCGACAUCAGCCCCGACCUGGACUCUGCCCCCCGCAAAUGUGACAUCAUCCUUAUCUCGGGGCGCAAGGAGAAAUGCGAGGCGGCGCGGGCAGCUCUGCUGGUAGGAAUCUUCUCUCUCUGUCCUGGGCGAGUAUAGAAAAGGCCCUCUCCUUGGUCACCCCCCUUCAGACCUUCCUCAGAAGGUGGGGGGAGUACCUGGAGGAGGACCUCUGAUGUUGAUCUAAGUCCUAAGACAGCUUUCUCCAAGCUGCUGCCCUCCUGAUGUUUUGGACCGAAGCUCUUCAUCGGUCCUGACCAGCAUAGUCAAGGAUGAUGGGGAGAGAGGGGGAUCACAGUCCAGCAACAGCUGUAAGGUGCAUCAGUUUGGGCAAUGCUGAGAAUACAGAGGCCCAGGCAGGUUCAUGGCAGGGGAGGAAUUUGGUCAAGCCCUGAACUGAGUAUACAGUUGCAGGAAAGAGGCAAAAUAUUGGGGACCUUAUUGUUCUUUGGACGCCCAGUCAGGGCAACCUGCCCAUAGGGAGUGUUUUGAUUUGGACUUUUUUGCUCGGUUGUGCUACCUUCGGCACCGUGAGAGUGUAAGCAGAGCCUUGUUGGGGUCAGGCCCACAUCCCACUUAGUCCAGCCUCCUGUUCUCAAAGAGGCCGACCUGUUGCCUCUGGGAAGACUGCAAGCUGGGUGCGAUUCCCAACACCCGGAGAUGGCAUGAUCCCUUGUGCUUUUCGCCAUUUGGGUUCCCGCCUUCCACAGUUCUUAGGGAGCGAGAUCACAAGGUGUGUUCCCUACCUAAUACUGUUAGAAUUCCUGCUCCAUGAUUGCAGUCAUGGGAUUGUUGUCUUUCACAUGACGUUAUGUUUUGACUCCACAGAGUGGGAAGUGAUGGAGACAGGAUGUUUGUGUUACUGUGUUCCGUGAAGUGGGACUAUUGUCCUUUGUUCUUUCUCUUUGCUGUCUGAUGCUAGAGAGAGAGGGAGCCAUGUUGCACUGCUCCGUGUGUGUUUAUAUGUAAAUAACGUAGAUUAGCCAAAAUGCUGAGUUGCUGAGGUCUGUCACGCAUGAUGCACAAACUCUGCGGAUCCCUAAGUGUGCCUGUUGGCAUCAGUCGCUGUGAUGUUCAGGCUGAAGAAAGCUUUUGAAGCUCCCGAACGAUUGACCAGGAGGGAGAGAACAUGCCAGUCGGGCAUGUGUCUCUGCCAGGGUCCUACUUGAGUGUAGGCCAAGCUCCUGACAAAUACAUGGGUAGGGUAGGUGCAAAAGUGCCAUAGAGAUGAGGCGGGGCCUGAUCCAGGCUUGUGAGCCUGCAUGUGUUUCUCCAGCCUUGCUCAGUUGGUUUUUCACUUCUGUGAACUGCCCUGAGACCUCCGGGUAUAGGGCGGUAUAUAAAUUCAAUAAAUAAAAAUAAAUAAAAUAAAAAGGAGCCUCUAUAGACAUGGAGCACCAAAACAACUCUGAAGCUCCCUGCAGAAAUCCUUACUCUCCUUAUCCUUCCAGGCUCUGGUUCCCAUCACAGUGGACGUGGAAGUCCCCUUUGACCUCCAUCGCUACAUCAUUGGGCAGAAGGGGGCCGGCAUUCGCAAGAUGAUGGAGGAGUACGAGGUAGGAACACGUGGUCCUCCUUCCAGCCCUGUGUGCGGCCUCAGCAUUGCCUUUGGCGUACUCAGUGCUUUUUUUCGGGGGGGGGGGUGCAGAUUCAUUUUGUGAAUCUUUGUACUUUUGUCCAUUUACUGUACAGUGGACGCUCGGGUUACGAACGUGAUCCGUGCGGGAGGCACGUUCACAACCCUCAGCGCCACAUCUGUGUAUGCGCAGGUUGCGAUUUGGCGCAUGCGCAAAGCACGAUUUAGCGCUUCGGCGCAUGCGCAAGCGCCGAAACCUGUUCCAGUACUUCCGGGUUUCGGCGCAUCUGUAAUCCGAAAACGCGCAACCUGAAGCGUCUGUAACCCGAGGUGUGACUGUAUAUUUAUUUUUGCUGGUUUGAACGAUAAAAUGGUGAUUUCCUUGAGUCAAAAUGAGAGUGCCCCUAAACAUUUUUUUAAAGAAAAAAAGCACUGGGCAUACCUUUUCCUUUAAAUGCUGUGUGUGUGUUCUGGGUUCGCUGUCGAUGGUAUAGGAAGCUUCAGCGGUCUGCAACCAGAUUGGCUAGGGGGCCAAAUCAUAGACUCACAGAAUCGUAAAGUGGGAAGGGAUGCCAAGGGUCAUCCAGUCCCAACGGCCUGCAAUACAGGAAUAUCAACUAAAGCAAUCCAUUGUAGGUGGCCACCCAACCUCUGCUUAAAAACCUCCAAGGAAGGAGAGUCCACCAGCUCCUGAGGGAGCCCCUUCUGCUGUCAGACAGCUCUUACUGUCAGAAAGUUGUAACUUGAAGCCCUACCCCCUGGAGCAGGAGAAAACAAGCUUGCUCUGCUUUUCACGUGGCAGCCCUGGGCUUCCCUGUGACAGAUCAGGUUCCCACGAUAGCAGCACGUCUACGUUAACCCUGCCACAGCUAAGGAAGUAUGAGAAUAGGAGGGGAAGGGAUGAAGACACAAGCGCACUGCAAAAUGUGUGUUUGUGUCUGUCGCCAGCAAUGCUGUCCUGUUGCUUUCAGAGAGGGCACUGCCCACAAGGGGGCACUGCAAACAAAUGUCGUACACUGGUACAUCUGGAUGCGAAUGGGAUCCGUUCCGGAGCCCGUUCGCAUCCAGAGCAGAACGCAACCCGUGUCUGCGCGUGCGCGGGUCGCGAUUCGCCGCUUCUGGGCAUGCGCGUGACAUCAUUUUGAGCAUCUGCGCAUGCGUGAGCGGCGAAACCUGGAAGUAAUGUGUUCCAUUAAUUUCCGGUCGUCGCGGAAACGCUCAACUUGAAGCAACUUUAACCCAAGGUAUGACUGUAUGUAGAAAGCCCUUUUGGGGAAAAUUUUGGUUGGGCCCAAUUCACAGCAAGCGGCUUUUCCAAGGUACAUAGUUUGCUGAGCACUUAUUUAAAGAGGACUGGUGGGUGAUUUAAGAGCUUUUUUAAAAAAAAUUAGUUGGCUCAUUAAUCAUCUGUAAUUUACCAAGUUACCCAACACUAGAAUGUUAAACCUAGGUACCUCUUUUUUGGGGAGACCCUUUUGUUUGGCCAGCAUUGAACCAGGACUGAACCUUUAGUGGCAGACCCUGCCUUGAGGCACAGUGUGGUGUGGUGGUUAAGAGCGGUAGUCUCGUAAUCUGGGGAACCGGGUUCGCUUCCCCGCUCCUCCACAUGCAGCUGCUGUGCGUGGCCUUGGGCCAGUCACACUUCUUUGAAGUCUCCCAGCCCCACUCACCUCACAGAGUGUUUGUUGUGGGGGAGGAAGGGAAAGGAGAAUGUUAGCCGCUUUGAGACUCCUGAAGGGGAGUGAAAGGCGGGAUAUCAAAUCCAAACUCCUCCUUCUCUUCUUCUUCUUUGCCAAAGAGACGUCUGGCAGGGCUCCUCUCUGCCUCCAUUAGGGCACCUUUUCAAAGCUGCUGUCCAGACAGACCUUUGGGACGUGGACUUUUUAAAAAAACAAAACCAAGCUGUUCAUGGUGGUGGUGGUGGUCUUAUGUUGUUGUUUUUGUAUUUUGUCUUCCAUCUUGCUGCAUUUUCUAUGCAGUGUAAAUGAUAUUUAAAAGAAUAAAACUUAAUGGGCAGUUAAGCUAGAUCAGGAAACUAGAACUGUGUGUUUGUAAAGGCUUUUUGUUCUGAAGAUUAUGCUACUUAAUUAUAGAUGUGUUUAGCUGCCUGUUUUAGUCUGGGUGGAUUCCAAGGCAUGCAUAUAUUUUUAUAUAAUUCACUCAUGUUUGGUGUAAUUGUACUUGAGAAAUAAUGUGAAGGGAGAGGCCUGCUGCUUUCUCCAGUGGCAGCAGCAGAAAGUAGUUUGUAGGAAAGGACUCUGUGGAGCACCUGAGGGAGGGACUUUCAUAACCACUCUGAGAGCAGGCCUUUGCAAAGGAUCCUGGGAACAUUGCAUCUAACUUGGAACACUUCGAAAGCCUAAUGGGAGCCUUUGAGAUGCGCCGUUCGUCCCAGAGCAGGGAACAUUAUAUUUGCAUAUUAGCAAUUGACUUAAAUGUUCUGUAUACACAGUUGUUUGGGCUGGGUUAUAAAUUUAUCUGAAGGGAAAGGUAGGAAAUGACGCUAGGCCGUAGGUCCCCUGCCCUGACGGGUUUGCAGCCUGCACCGCCUUUCUUUUAAAGACAGCGACGCUUCUCCUUUUCCUCAGGUGAACAUCUCGGUGCCCCAGCCUGAGCAGCAGUCGGACGUCAUCAAGAUCACAGGCUUGGUCCCCAAUGUGGAGCGGGCCAGGGCCGGCCUCCUGGAGAGGGUCAGGGAGCUGCAGGCAGAGCAGGAAGACCGGGUAACUGCCAGAGCCCAGCACCUCAAGACAUAAACACGCCCAACCCACUGGCUUCCCAGCUGCACCGCUUCCACCCGCCAGAGCUCUGCGUGGAGUACUGAGGGAUGGGUUCCUGAGGCCAACCAGUAACUCCCGGCUUCCCUCUCCCUCUCCUCCCCAGGCGCUGCGUGGCUUCAAGCUGACAGUGAGCGUGGAACCCAAAUACCACCCAAAGAUCAUUGGCAAAAAAGGGGCGGUCAUUUCCCAGAUCCGGAAGGACCAUGACGUCACCAUCCAGUUCCCGGAUAAGGGGGAUGAGAAUCAGGUGAGUCUCUCUCCUUUCUUUUGCUGUGUGUCGCUGGCCCCCUCUACCCAGGGGGAUUAUGGGACCCAGAGAGUGGCUCCAUAAUGCUCCACCACGUUCAUAAAACUUGUGUAUGCUUGCUUGUAAGUACAGUUGCAAUUUGUUUUUGUUUUUUUAAUUAUUUUAUUUCUAUUUGUUAAAUUUAUUUACCGCCCUAUACCCGUAGAUCUUGGGGCAGUUCACAACCUACAAUCACAAUGUGAAAAACACAAAAUACGUAAUAAAAAUGAAAACAAAGGCAACACAAUAAACCCUCCUUCCACAAUACGUUUAAAAGGAACAUUUUGAAAAUCUUAACACUUUGUAUGUCCUUUAACCUUUAUGGUACAGUGGUACCUCAGUUUUCGAACAUAAUCCAUUCUGGAAGACUGUUCGACUUCCGAAACAUUCAACAACUGAGGCACCAAGGACGGUCAACAAAGUCUAUGGAGAAAAUUGAAAAACAUGUAGCAGAAGCCAUUCGACUUUUGAGUCGCAUUUGAAAACGGAAGCAAUUACUUCCGGGUUUUCGGCAUUCAAAAAACGAAAUGUUUGGCUUCCGAGAUUCUAGAAAACAGAGGUACCACUGUAUGAUAUAUUUUUAUCUUUCUCUUUUCAAAUGUAAGUUGCUUGGAGACCUCCAGAAGUAACAAGCGAGCAAGAAGUUUGAUAAAUAAUAGCCUUACUUAGAAUCAGAUUUCCAUGUUCCUAACUUUGCAUAAAACCUAUUUGGUCAAAGUGAUGCCCAUUUGUGGGGUUGCCUCCUGCCCCCCUCAAUCUGUAGUGGUGAGGGAAUGGGGCUUCUCUAUAAGUCCCGCCGUCUUUUUAUCUCUGUCUUUCUCCUUCCCCGGCCCGGGUCCAGGACCUCAUCACGAUCACCGGCUACGAGAAGAACGCCGAGGGGGCCCGGGACGCCAUCUUGAAAAUUGUGGCCGACCUCGAGGAGAUGGUCAGCGAAGAUGUCCGCUUGGAUCACCGGGUUCACGCCCGUAUCAUUGGCGGGAGGGGCAAAGCCAUCCGCAAGCUUAUGGAGGAGUUUCGGGUAAGGGGGAGGGUUGCCAGUGGCUGUUCUGUGUUUGAGGGGCAGAAGUUGCCUGACCCUUCUGCAGUCUGCCCCACCAACAAUGGCGGGCAAGCAAAAUCGUGAUGGCCAGGCUCUUGCUCGUCCAAUCAAUGCCCUUUGGACUGUGUAAUCUUGUGACCUUGUCCUUCUUGCCCCGGCAGGUCGACAUCCGCUUCCCUCAACCGGGUUCCAGUGACCCUGACAGAGUCACGGUCACAGGGCUGCCGGAAAACGUGGACGAUGCUAUAGACCACAUGCUCAACUUGGAAGAGGAAUAUGUGAGGAGGAGGGAGAUGGCUGGGAGGGGUGCUCAAGCAGCUUGAUGGAUGGGGGAGCUUCCUUCUAGCUAUAUAUACACGUCUGAGAGACAGCAUGGGCGAGAUUCUGGCCAUGUCACGGGUGCGUGGGCCAAAUUAGACUGGUGGCCAGGGCUGCCCACCUGUCAGGUCACCUUGAUGUCAUGAUGAUGUCAGGUGGUUGGCAGAGCUGGUGUUGCUUAAUCGGAAAAUAAUCACUGUUGACUUUUAUUAAUGAUUGGAAACCUCUUACGGGUUUUCUGCACAAGUGAACUUGUGGUAUCAGGGUAUGAAGACUUUGGGGGGUGGAGCUGAAGGUUGGUUUAUGGAAAGUAGGAGAGUUGAAUGUUACUAGGAAGUAAGAAUUUUACGCCAGUUUUUAAAGCUGAUAGAUGGAGAAUCGGAAGUUUUUUCCUUUCCUUUUUCCUUUUCUUUAUUUCCUUUUAAUUUUUCUGUUUAAGAAAUGCUUGAUAUUUGAUGUUUCUAUACUGUUCUUUCUUUGUUCUCUUAAGCUUUAAUAAAAAUUCAAGGAAAAUAAUGAUAAAUAAACAAAACAAUGAUGUCAGAAGACUGGGCGCUUUGAAGUCCCAGCAGGACUUGCAAAAAAAGAGAGCUUUGCAAGGUGCUUUGAAGUGCCUGACGCUUUGCCUCGCUUGUGCAAAAUUGCACAAGUAGCGUGUGGGUUUGGUUGGUGGUUUGAGGGGGUGAGGGCAGCUACUGCUCCUUAUUCCAGUUUUUUAAAAUCUGUCUUGCAUCCCGAGAGGCCCUCGAGUUGACCACAAGACUCCGCUAGCACCCUCCAAUUUUAACGGGAGGCUUCUCCUUACAGAUGAUGGACGUGGUGGAGACCGAAGCGAUGGCUGCGUAUAUGAAGCCUCCGUCCCGCUUGGAGGAGGAGCCCCGGGGCCCGGCCAAGGGCUUUGUGGUGCGCGACGCCCCCUGGAACGCGUCUGGGAACAAGGUAUGUCUUGGGUCCGUCAUCGCCACAGAGUCUGCCUUAGAAGCUGCCCGCUUUGGCCAAUAUUAAGAAGCACUGCAUGUGAAGAAGGGGCUAAGAAAACCUCAAGACCCAUGAGGCCUAGUGCCUUGGGGUCCUUUUAAAAGCAGAACCAGCUUGCUCAAAGAGCCAGUGUGGUGUAGUGGUUAAGAGCGGUAGUCUCGUAAUCUGGGGAACCGGAUUCGCGUCUCCGCUCCUCCACAUGCAGCUGCUGGGUGACCUUGGGCCAGUCACACUUCUUCGAAGUCUCUCAGCCCCACUCACCUCACAGUGUUUGUUGUGGGGGAGGAAGGGAAAGGAGAAUGUUAGCCGCUUUGAGACUCCUGAAGGGGAGUGAAAGAUGGAAUAUCAAAUCCAAACUCUUCUUUUUCUUCUUCUUCAAAAGGCAGAGGGUCUUUGUGGCAUGUGCUACCCAUUUAGAACAGGAAAUACAUCUCCCCCCUCUCCCCUUUCAGGCCCCAGAUGUGAGCAGCGCCGAAGAGUUUCCCGUCUUCGGCACCGGCGUGGUCCCCAAGCAGACGUCCGUCUGGGGCCCCAAGAAGUUCUGA